GGAGCUGCUCUCUCGCAAUUUUUUGGACUGGACAAGGCGUAGCACAUUGAACGCUUGUGAGUUUGGGUUCAGUAUCGAACCGGCUUUCUACGACUGCGGAUUGGAAACGCGGAGCGGCCAAGUCGCCGGACAAUAAUGUGAUAUAGCCGGCUAUGUGUUCAGCAGGCAAAACUGAAAUAAAAGUUAAAAGUAAUAAAAACGCCGAAAGCCCUCGAAUUCUCCCAUCAUCAUUCUUUGGUGGGGGGCAGUGAGAAGAAUUGCGAGAGAAAUACUAAUUUCCUUACCUAACUGCGUGAGAUAAUCUCCGGUUGGCAUUGAGUGUGGCGCAAUAAAAACCCCCAAAAAGCCCAAAGCUUCAAGUGUUAAAUAUAAAAAAAUUGAGAAGAAGCGUGUGUAUUUGCAUUUGGGAAAAUUAAAGUUGAAUUACGUGGGCCGAAAAUUAAAGACUGAAGGCCAUUCAGGGGUUGUUCAAUAAGGAAAAUUCGGUGAAAAGUCACACGGUGAGUGUGUCUGAGUGUGCGUUGCGUGAGAAAAAUCAAUUCUGCAUUUGGUGGAAAGCCGAAAAAGGAGAGAAAAGUGGUGGAGCGGGGGAAAAAGGACACGAAUUAAAGGCUGGUUUCUUUUGGCUGCGAAAAACUCGUGACCGAUGACAAUUUGGCUUGACGAGGGUCUAUUAGCGAAAUCAAUGCCAUUAUGGCUGAUAGUGGAGGACCAGGAUCCAAGCACAUGGAUCCAACAACCAUAGAUGCCGGCGGGGGAGGAGCAGGAGCAGCCGCAGGCGAUGACGUGCCUCCAGUCCCAGCUGUUCGCCGGCGUCGUGCGCACGAGCAGAAAUCCUCAAGAGAGCAGGUGCUGGAGGAGGAGGAGAGCCAACAGCUGGAGACAUCGACGGUGACUAGGACCUACAUGAAGACCAUCACCACCUCCUUAACCACCUCGAGUAGCUCCAACGUGGAAGAGUUUAUUCUGGGGGAGCAUGCAGCAGGAACAGCAGCAGCUGCUGCUCCAUCGCCCAACCAGCAGAGAUUGCGUCAAAAGGUGGCCCAGUACGAAAAGGUCUGGUCGGAUGGCUCCAGCCCCGUGAAGCGUCCAGCCGAGCAGAGCUCUGACGAGCUGCGUCUGGUCGAUGACCAGGAUGAGUACGAUGCGGAGAAUCCUUUCGAGAUUGAUGUCCAUGAGAUUGAGCGCCGGCUGCGCCAGGAGAGGCAACGUGGCUUGGCGGAGGCGGAGGCAGCCAAGCUGGCCUUUCAGCAGGUCCAGCUGCGGCACACCACUCCUCCGCGUCGUGUGGAGGUGACCAGUGACCAGGUGGCGAGUCCCUUCAAUGUGACCCUGCGCACCACCAGUCGCAUGAGUCCCGGUGCCGAGCACGGAAAUGUGGAGGAGCACCUGGCGCCGUUCAAUGUGACCCUAAGAACCACUCGAAGGACCAAGAAAAAGGAGUUCAAGGAACUGGAAAGCUUUCUCGAGGGCGAACGUACGGUAAGGGAGGUUCCAUCUGCGGACGGUGUGAGGACCAUCAUCACCUCCUCGAUGACCAGCGAUGGUGGCUAUGCCGAGGAGAAGAUCUAUCGCCACGGCGAGGGCUAUGUAUCGCCCAGGGAUUCGCCGUCCUGGUCGCGUUCCAGUUACUCCAGCGAGCGAUCCAGUGUUACGCCACCGAGGAGCGUGGAUCUAACCGCCGGCGGACGCAGGAUACUGAUCAAACUGGAGCAGGAAAGCGAACUAACCGAGGAUAAUCAGACGAGGGACGAGACCGACCUGUCGUUCGGUCGGCAGGAAGUGGCCAUGGCAACCGGCAACAUUGACAUUACCGUCGGCGGUAGCAACCCCCGCCGGCGUUUGUACCAGCAAACAACUGUCCAGGUGGGUGGCGGCAACCACACCAGCCCCCAGGAUUUAACACCCCAAAGACCAAGGGACUUAGACCUGGCCGGCGCCACGAAGACAAUGCUAACAUCCACGCCGAUUGGCACGAAGGAGCAACCGCAAACGGGUCCGAAAACUCUAGUUAGUCCAGCUGCAACGUGCCAAUUGCGCGGUUCUUCGACGGAAGAGCCCCGGAAAAUUGUAAGCCACAAAACGAUAACCAGCACAACGACCAAGUCCACCUCAACCUCAUCCUCGACCUCCGCCACCUCCUCAUCGUCCACGUCGCGUAAAUUAAUCGAAACGUCGCCGGUGGUCGUCGGAAAUAUCGCGCAAAUACACACCGGGAAAUCACAAGCCAGUGACAACGAUAUCGACAUCGAUAACGACUCGGACACGGAGGGCAGACCCGCCAGCAGCAUAGUGAUUGUGUCCACGCCUACGCGUCCCACCACUCCGGCAACCGCAUCCGUAUCCGUAUCAGCGUCCGCGUCCGCAGUAACCCCAUCCGCAUCCAUAUCCGCGUCAGCUGCCCACGCCCUUAGUGGCAUCGGCACUUUCAGCAAGAGUCUGCGCCAGGAUUAUCAGACUCUGGCAACGCAAAGUGGCCGCAGCAACGAAUCACCCAGCGACCAGGAAUACCAGGAGUUCCAGUCCACCAUGGCGUCCAUCAAUUACGCCCGCAGCAAUUCCCAGUACGACAGCCAUAUCAAGGAGAAACGAGAGGAGCAAGAACGUGUGCAGAAGAAGACAUUCACUAAUUGGAUUAAUUCAUACCUAUUGAAGCGUGUUCCACCGCUUCGCAUCGAUGACUUAAUCAAUGACUUACGCGAUGGUACGAAACUAAUCGCAUUGCUGGAAGUUCUGUCCGGAGAACGUUUGCCCGUGGAGAAGGGUCGCGUUCUAAGACGUCCACAUUUCCUCAGCAAUGCCAACACGGCCCUGCAAUUUCUGGCCAGCAAACGGAUCAAGUUGGUCAAUAUCAAUCCCGCAGAUCUGGUGGAUGGGAGACCACCAGUUGUGCUGGGUCUGAUAUGGACGAUCAUCUUGUACUUCCAGAUCGAGGAGAACAGCCGCAACCUAGAGUAUUUGGGUCAUGGUAUUGGCGGUUCGGUUAGUUCCCUCGACAGUGUUGGCAACCAGAAGCACGGCGAUCUGAAGGCUGAGAAGUGGAAGCAGGGUGCCAGGAAGACCCUGCUCAACUGGGUGACCAAUGCCUUGCCAAAGGACAGUGGUGUGGAGGUGAAGGAUUUCGGCGCCAGCUGGAGAGAUGGCGUCGCUUUCCUGGCCCUCAUCGAUGCCAUCAAGGCGAACCUGGUCAACUUGGCUGAGCUGAAGAAGACCAGCAACCGUCAGCGUUUGGAGACCGCUUUCGAUGUGGCCGAAAGCAAGUUGGGCAUUGCCAAGCUCCUGGACGCUGAGGAUGUGGACGUACCCAAGCCGGACGAGAAGAGUAUCAUGACGUAUGUGGCGCAAUUUUUGCACAAGUAUCCCGAACCAAAGGGUGCUUCCCGCGGCGACCAGUCGCAGGUGCAGCAGGAGGCGGACGAACUGCGUCGCUUCCUGGUGGAGAAGACCACUGAGUACGAGCCCAUGGUCAUGAUGAGCUCGUUCCCACGCGAUUUUGGUGAAUAUUUACUGGCACGUUCUGAGGUCGAUGCACAUUUGCCGGCAUACAACCGCUUGAAACAGCUCAUCGAGAGCCAGAGCGGAUUCCUGCAGGUCUCCCGCCAAUCCUGGGAGGAGAUCAACGAGCUGUGGCAGCGUCUCCAGUACCAGAUGAUGUACUGGCUCUGGCUGCUGGACUCGGAGCUGCCCGGCGACUUUGGCACCGUUGGCAAAUGGUUAGCCGAAGCUGAGAAAUUAUUAAUGGACAACGAUAUACCCAAUGCAAUGAAUGAGGAGACGGCCGCUGUGAUCAGCAGGAAGCUGGAGGAGCACAAGCUCUUCUUUGCCGAUUUGCCUCGCAUUUUGGCCAUGUUUGACAAUGCCAAGCGGUCACCAGUGGCCCAGCAGAUUCCCCUGGAGCAGCUGCGCAACAUGGAGCGUCGACUGCAAGAGGUUGGACCCAAGGCAGCGGAGCGAAGGAUUCGCUUGAAGUUCCUGGAGCACAAGUGCUGUUUGAUUGCCUUCCUGAAUCUGGUGGAGAACAAGAUGCGCGGAUGGACUGGAAAGUAUGGACACGAGGAGAAGGUGGCUCAACAGCUCGAGCAGUACAAGAACUUUGUGUCGCGCAACAAGAUCUUCCAGGAGUUCCAGAAGGCCUUUGUCGAUAUGCAACAGGUGGUGGAGGAGUACAAGCGCGAUGGCAAUGUGCCGCGCAAGGAGAUCAACGACAUCGAUCGGUUCAUGUACGAAACCGAGGAGCGCUGGAAGCGCGUCUCCAUGGAGCUGAAGUGCUGUCAGAACUCCCUGGAGGAAGUGGUCAACUGCUGGCGCAGCUGGAACCAAUUGGCCCCCACGUGCGAGGAGUGGCUGCAGCUGGCUGAGCAAAAGGUCAACCAAAGCGAGGAUGAGCGUCUGGACUUCUUUCAGGACAUACCCGUUUGGAAGGACAAGUUUGAUGCCCUCGCUAGCUCUGCUAACUAUCUGAUUGCCUCCUGCGAGGAGCCCAUUGCCCAGCAACUGCGUCAGCGACAUGGAGCCCUCUCUGAGCGAUUCGAGCGAUUGUUUGCCAACACCAAGCAGUAUAUGCAUGCUGGUGACAUUAUCCGCUCCCGACAGGAGUACAAGUCGGGCAUAGAGCAGCUGUCCAGAUGGCUGCGAGGAGCCGAGAGCGUUCUGGACCAGCGUCAAGUCCUGGGCAACAGUGAACAAGUCAAGCAGUAUGGCCAGCAGUUACAGCAAUUGGCCAGCGAAAUCGAUGACAACGAGGAGCUGUUCAAAACGAUCAGCAGGAAUUUCCAAUCCCUGAUCCAAGACCUGUCACGCGAUGAGGUGGACAAGAUGAUGAAGCUACUCAAGCAAGAGAAGGAAUCUCUGGUGCGCAUACGUGCCCAGUUGCCUGCCAAGCUGCAUCUGUUCCACCAGCUUCAGAUCCAACAGGAAUCCCUGGAGGCUGGACAAAAGGAGAUUCACCAGUGGCUGAGUGAGGCCGAACAGCUUCUGGGCACCCAUAAUCUCUCCGGAGGCCGUGAUGCCAUCAAUGAGCAGCUGCUUAAACACAAGACCUACUUCUCGCGCACUGUCUACUACCGAUCCAUGCUGGAGAGCAAGAACAAGGUGUUCCAGAAUCUCCUGAAGGCUGUAUCCUCCGAUGACAAGAUCGACACCGCUCCUGCCUCGCAGCAAAUGCAACAGCUGAACGAGCGCUUCAACUAUGUGAUUCAGAAUGCCCAGCAAUGGGAACAGCGCUUGGAUGCGGCAGCCGGUGGAUGGAGCAACUUCAAGGACAACGAACGUGUGGUCAGCGAAUGGCUCACCCAAGCGGAGUCCAUGUUGGUGGAAAAGCACAUCGAGUCCAAGACCACAAUCGAGACACAGAAGUACUUCUUUGAGCAGGUCAACGAUCGCUGGAUGAAUGACCUGGUGCAGUCGGCUCAACAACUUCUGACCACAUUGCCCGCCCAGGAGCAACCGGCUGUGGUGCACAGUGUGGAGCAGUUGCAGUCCCGCUGGAAGAAUGUGCUGUCCCAGGCUCCUUUGCAUCUACUGAAACUGGAAUUUAGACUGGACGAGAAUGCGUUCUAUCAAUCUCUGAAGGAUGUAGAGAAGGAGUUGCAGCUGGAGCAGCAGGCCCUCAAUCGCAAUGAGGAUGUGGACUCCAUACUCCAGCGCAACCAGCAGUUCCUUCUGCAACAGGAUGCCGUUCCUCGCCUGGAGCGAUGCCUCCAAAACAUGCAACGUUUGGCCCAGGCCCACAGGCAACAACAGCCCGGUGACAUUAGUCUGGAUCAGGCCUACGACAAUGCCAAGUCCCAGUGGCAACUGCUGUCCAACAAAUUGGGCGAUAUGCGUCAGACUCUCCAGCAAAUCCCGGCCCAAUGGCAGGGCUAUCAUCUGAAGUUCAACGACAUGGUCGACUGGAUGAAUGGCGUGGAUCAGAGCCUGAAGAAUAUUGUGAACGAAGUUAAUACCAUGGAGGAAUUCGAAAAGGAGAAGGUUGUUUUCCAGCUGAGGGAGCUAGUGAAAAUCUGCCAGGACGCUGACAACAAACGCGAGGACAUGAAGUGGCUGGUCAAGACCCUGGACUCUCUGCUCAGUUACGCCACCGAAGAUGAGGCCAAUCUGGAGCAGAAGAAACUUGAGGAUCUGAUCGCCCGGUACAAGAACCUUAUUCCUACUAUUGAAAUCACGAUGGUCAAGACGGAAGUGUUCUCGAAGUGCUACACUUACCGCAGAGAAGUGCACGAGGUUGUGUGUCUGCUGAGCAAGGUCAAGGAUCAGACUGCCAAUAUACCAGCACCCGACAGCCUGGAACGUGUGAAUCGCCUGAUUGAGGAGCAGCAGUAUGCCAUCAACCAACUGGAUCACCAGCGUCCGCAUAUCAUGUCCAUGCUGCAAAGAGGACGUGAUCUCAUCAAGGAUGUCCAUGCCCCGGCCUUCGUAAAUGCCGAGGUCAAGAAUCUGGAGACUGGAUGGAAUCAGGCGUACACAGAAACCUCUGACAAGCUGCAGGCCCUCAAGGGCACCCAGGCUGUUUGGAGCGAGUUCGUGGACCAGAAGAACGACAUUUUCUCCAUGCUCCAAACUGCGGAGACGGAGCUGCGUUCUCUGACACCAUUGCAAACCGAUCCCAAGAACGUCAGUCAAGAUCUGAAGUCCAAGAGAGAUCUCAACGUACAACUGCAGCAGGCUUCCCAUCAACUGCUGCCCAAGUUGCAUGCUCUCAAAUCGGAACUGGCUCCUCUGGCCGCUCCCGAUAAGCGUCCCAUCCUGGAGAAGGAAGUGACCGAGGUGGAGAAGAUGUUCUUCAACACCAUGGAGCACGUGAAGGACCGCGUCGGCUAUCUGGAAGAUUAUAGUGCCAAGUGGAAUAACUACAAAACCCGUCUCGCUGAACUGCAGGAAUGGGCGAACAAAGUCGCCCCCAAGAACAUCGAGGCCCUUCAAUCGGAGGACCUCACACCGGAGGAGCGUGUGGUCAAGGUGCAGGCCUUCAAGCGUAUCCUUGGGGAUCGCAUGAAGCAACUGGAUCUUCUGGCCGCCGAUGCCUCCGAGUUGGCGCCCAAGGAGGGCAACAUUGCCGAGGCCAAGCGACUGAAGGGCGAGAUCAGCAAGCUGCAGGAGGUCCUCAGUGCCAUCAAUCGCAACGUGGACCACCAGGCACAGGCUGUGCAGGAGGAUCUUGUCAACUGGCAGCAGUUCCAGGCCGGUCUGCAGCAAAUCAAGCCAGCCGUGGAGCAGAGCGAAGUCAAGGUAAAUAAUGUAGUUUCUAAGCCCAUCUCCCUCGAAGAAGCCGUUGCCAUGCAACAGAAUGCCCAACAAUUCGAGACACAGUGCCAGGAGCAAUUGGACAAGCUCCAUGGCAUAUCAAACAUCAGUCAUAAAAUGUUAUGUAAGACCAAUGCACCCGACGAACUGGACGCCAUGCAUUCGCGUUGGACUGCCGUCCAUGAGAACGCGAAGCAGGCGAGCGCCAAGCUCGAGAAGUUGGUGGCCAAUUGGAAGUCGUUCGACGCCGAUGCCGCCAAGCUCGAGGAUUGGAUUGGACAGGGUGAGCAACUUAUGUCCCGCCGUCCAGCUGUCCUCAACACCCCGCACAUUGACAAGCUCGAAAAGGAGCUGGUCAAGCUGAAGUCGUUCAACAACGAGAUCUCGCAGCAACAGGCCAAGCUGGUGACUCUGGGUCAAAAUGCCGAUCAGAUCAGCUUGCACUUGGCUCCCGAAGGAGCAGCCGCUUUGAAGGAUCGUGUAAACCAAAUGAAGGGCAAGCUGCAGAAGCUCUCGGAAGCCACUCGAGGUCACAUCAACGAAGUAUCUGAUGCCAUUAUCUCCAGGCAGGACUUCAAUGCCAAGUUGGUGAACUUUUCCAACUGGAUGGAGCAGCUUCGCAACCAGGUCACCCAGGUGGAGGAGAUCAACCCGGAGCGUGUGGAAACCAGUCUCCAUGUCAUCCACGCGCUGCUGCAGGAGCAUGCCGAUAAGAAGCCCAGUUUCAAUGCCAUAUAUGAUGAGGUCAAGCAGUUGGCCUUGGGAGCCACUCCCGAGGAGUCGAAUGCCCUGAAUGAUGCCUACACCGCUUUGGUGGUGAACUAUCAGAACCUCGAGACUAACAUGCUGCAGAAGAAGGCGGCUCUGGAGAAGUGGACCGAGCUGCUGGGCUGGAAGAAUGACACUGAAUCCCAUUUGAACUACCUCAAGCAUCAGCUGGACAAACCGGAAGGACCUGCUGCCGAGGAGCUGUCCAAGGUCAUUGAUGAGAUCGAUAACCUGGGUCAGGGUAUUGCGUACUGGAAGGGUCAGGCUAAGGAGAUCGACGAAAACCCGGCCAUCCAGUUGAGGGAUGCUCUGUCCCGUCGUCCACUGAUUGCCACCCAAAUUGUGAAUGAUGUUGAGAAUAAACUAGAGAAUCUGAAACUCCGCUCGCAGAACCAGCAACAGCAAAUCCAACAGAUGACCGUGCGCAAGGACAAGUUCCAUGCCCUGGAGCACAACUUUGGCCAGGCACUUCAAGAAAAUCGCGCUAAACUGGAUGAGAUACUCAGACAGCAUCCGACUUUACACAACAUCGAUCAAAUUAUUGCCGAUUUGGUGGCUCUAAAUGAUGCGCUGAAGUACCAAGCUGAUCUGAAGAAUCGCAUCCAUGACGAAGGUUCCUUGCUGAUGCGUGAGGACAUUGCUAGCAUGCCCGCCAUUCAGGAGAGCCUCCUGGUCAUGGAUAAGAACUACGAUUCUCUGCAGAAUGAAAUAGCUGAUCGCAUUCAGAAGUACAACCUGAUCAGUCAGGCCUUGCGAGAAUAUGCCGAUUCCAAGGACAAGUUCACCAAGGAGCUGAAGAAGGCAGAGGAUCUAUUCAAUGCUAUACCUCAACAGCCACGCGAUGAAACCGAGCUCCAUCAAGCUUCUGAGAAGAUCAGGAAGACAAUGGAGCAGUUGCGUAAGUCGAAGCUCAGCUUGGAUGAACUGGAGCGUCGGGGCAACAAUGUGGGCAAACUGUUCAGUGCCAUUGGAGAGCCCAUUCCACAGGAUGUGCCACAGGAGGUCACAGCUGCCAAGCAGCACUGGCAGGAUCUGCACGAUAAAACGGCCAAGAAUGCCCAUGUGUACGAGACGGAAGCUGUUAUUUGGUCACAGAUCGAGGAUGCCAAAAAGGAUCUGCUACCCUGGUUGUCCGAAACGAACCAGGGACUCUGCGAUGCUGCGGAUAACUCAAUUGAAAUUGAGUUUGGACCCAUGCGUCUGAGCAAGUAUCGCACAGAGUUACCUGCCUAUCAGGCUCUGAAGGAUUCGAUUGUCGAGAAAACCAAUGAUUUGGUGAAGAUCAACAAAGGUGCGGAGAUACCAGCUCUUUCUGCACUCAAUCAACUCCUAUCUGAGCAGUUUGCUGAGGUCAGCAACAAUGCAGAUCGCUUAAGUGCCAUAACCACUUCGUUUAAUGACCAGGAACAAGAGUUACGUAGGCGCUCGAAGGAAGCUGGCGAAAAGGUGAGCAAACUUCGUGAGCAGCUGAUCAAGUGCGAUGACAUGUCCGGUGAUAAUAACAAGAUCAUGGAGCGUCUUCUGCAAUGCCGUGCCCUGCGUGGUGAACUCGACAAUAGUGGAAACGAAAUCGACAACAUUAAGCAAAAGGUUGACGAGCUGCGUAAUCUGUACCCCACUUUCAGUGAGUCCAUCAUACCCAAGGAGCUGAACAAUGUACAAAAACGCUAUGAGAACGUGGAUCUGUAUGCCAAGAAGAUCGAAAGCUCCCUGCUGCAGUUCCUCAAGAAGUUCCACGCCGAUAAGGUGGGCAUGCUGAAGCGUAUCAUUGCCACUCAACGCGAGAAGGUGGCCUGGUGCCAGCCAGAGUCCUCCAGCGACAAAUACAACCUGGAUGUCAAGAAGUCCUCUCUGCAGGAAGUCAGCAAGAGCAUUGAUGACUGCAAGGCGCGCCAUGCCGAGACACUGAAGUCCUUGGAGAUGUUGAAGGCUGUAGAAUCGCCACAGAACCUGGCGGAACUAACCAGCGAUGCCGAGCUACUGCGCAAGGACAUGCAGGCCCUGCAGGACAGCUUUGACAAAAUCAAGGGCAUCCUUGACGAGAACGUGGACCUAUGGUCACAGUAUGAGCAAUCGAAUGAGCAGAUUUCCAACUGGUUGCGUGAUGUUGAGGGACGCGUUAAGGCAGAAACUAGCAGCCAAGUUAAUCUAUCCGAGGUUCCUCAGAAGCUUCAGGAAUUGUCUAUCCUCCAGCAGGAUGUGUUGGCCCAUGAGCCCAUUAUUAAUAACCUUGAGCAGACAUCCCAACAGCUUAUAGAAAAGAAUCCGGAGGCGAGAAUCGGCCAGUUUGUCACCCAUUUGGUGCAGCGCUAUCAAGCUGUGUCCAAGGCACUAACCAGCUACAUCGAUAAGAUCCGUAGUGCCCAGUUGUCGAACGCCAACUUUGCCAAGGCCGCCAAGGACUUCAACGAGUGGUUUGGAGAUGCCAAGAUCGAGUUCCAGGAACUUGCUCGCAUGGGAUCCCCGGGCUCAUCUUCUGCCACAGCUCAGCAACUGCAGACCGUCAAGAAUUACAUCAAGACCUUCGACAAUGGUCAGAUACUGCUGAACAAUGCCGUCGAUAUUGGUGAGGCACUGUACCCAGUGGUUUCGCCCGACAAUCGCGAACGUAUCCGUGCUGAUCUCCGCCAGAUGCGUGAGAAGUUCGACUACUUGCGAGAUGAGGCCAAUGCAUUUAUGCAGCAAGUUGAGGGUGUUUUGAUUCAGAAGACUUCGAUUGAAGAAAGCUAUACGCAGGUUUCGCACUACCUUAACGAAUCGAAGGCUAAGGUACCCACCGGUGACGAAUUGUAUCCCACUUUGGCCACCAAAAAGGCUGCCCUCCAGAACUACAAGACCCAGUUGCAGGAGAUCACCCUGCACAAGAAUGCACUGAAGCAGUUGCACGACAAGGCUGUGACCCUUUGCGAUGAUGAGUCAGAGAGGAAGACCGACGAGUCCAUCCAGGAGUAUAACACGCUAUCCAAGAAGAUCUCCGAUAGGAUUACAACAGUGGGAAAUCAUGUGGUCAAGCAUGAAGCCUACGAUCAGGUCCUGGAAAAGGCGCAAGACUGGCUCAAUACCAUCAAAUCCGAAGCCAUUGAUAUCCUCAACGAGACGACCUUUGAAAAGGAAGGCGCCGAGGAGAAACUGCUGGUUGUGGAAAACCUUCUCCAGCACAAGCCCGAAGGCGAUUCCAUUUUCGAUACCUGUCACAAGUUAUUGGAAACGGUGCUCACCCAAACCCAUCCCAGUGGCCAUCCAGCCCUGCUCAAGGGCUUCGACGAACCAAAGCAGUCUUGGGAGGACUUUAUGACUCUUUGUCAGGACUCGUUGGUGAAACUGAAGCAGCUUUGCUCUAAAUGGGAUGAGUUUGACACGAUCAUCGAGGAGCUAGACAACUGGAUGAAGAAUGUCGAAGCGGUGGUUAAGAACCAGAACCUUAAGAGUACGGCGGAAGCCAAGAACGCCCACUUAAAGCAGCUUCAGGAUAUUUCAAAGGAUAUUGAACGCCGCGGUGCUGCCAUCAACGAGCUAAUGGAUCAAGGCCGUGAGAUUGAGGGUGAAACCGAUUUGAAUCUUAAACUGUCCCGCCUGAAUACGCGCUAUCAGACCCUGAAGAACCUGUGCAAGGAGUCGAUAGCUAAGUAUGUGAACUAUGUAAAGGAUCACGAGAGCUUCGACAAGGACUUCGAUGCAUUCAAGCACAGUCUUCAGUCCUCGGUCGACGAGCUCGCCAAAACCAAUGAAAUUGUGGGCGAUCAAAGUGUGCUGCAGGAUCAGCAAAAUAAACUGCGUGAGAUGUCCGACAAGCGCAUUUCGGAUUCCACUCUUUUCGAAGGACUCAUCGAUCGUGGCGAGAAACUCUAUGGCCACACCAGUCCUGAGGGCCGUGAAAUCAUUCGUCAGCAGUUACGUGCCCUGCGAACCCUUUGGGACAACUAUACGGAUGACUUGAACUCGGCAACGCAAAAGAUCGAUCAGUGUUUGCUGCAGUUUAACGAGUUCAGCAUUGCCCAGGAUCAGCUAACCAAGUGGCUGAAGGAUGUGGACAAGGCCAUGCAGAGCCACACGGAGCCCAAGACGACGCUGCAGGAGAAGCGUGCCCAACUCCAGAACCACAAGCUGCUCCAUCAGGAGAUCACCACACACAAUGUGCUGGUUGAUAAUGUCUGCGACAAGGCGCAAAUCCUGGUCGACCAGAUUAAGGAUAACUCGUUGAAUGUGUACCUGGCCUCGAUCAAGCAGCUUUUCCAGAGCAUUGUCCAAAAGUCCGAUGAGAUAUUGCACAAUCUGGAGGAUUGCGUUCAGAAGCAUAAUGAAUUAAACAAUGCUCUGUCCUCAGCCAAAACCUGGAUUUCGAAUGAGAAGGCCAAAUUGCUGGAGUGCGACGAUGCUUAUGGCGAGAAGGCCGACAUCAAGCGCAAGAUCGAAACUUUAGGCCAAUUGGCACAGAACAAGCCGCAGGCAAUGAAAAUAAUCGGCGAUAUCCGUGAUCUCUUUGAGAAGGUGAAGGCCACGACCUCCGAAAAGGGUAAUGAAGUGCUGGACAAGGAGAUCGAGGAAUUGGAGACCACCAUGAAGAGUCACUUCGAUGACAUCGAGGGCAUUGAAGGCAAACAGAAGGAUGUGCUGGCCCAGUGGGACAAGUUUGAAAAGGCGCUGGAGGAGCUUACCAAGUGGUGCCGCAGUGCAGAGGCCGUGUUCCGUGAGCAGCAGCUGCAGUCCACGCUCCACGAGAAAGUGGAGCAGCUGGAGAAGUACAAGAUACAAAGGGAGUUGAUUCUCCAGAAAGAGAAGGAGAUCGAUGCCUUCGGAGAUGCUGCCCAUGCGCUGCUUAACAACUGCGGAGCCGAUCGUCUGAAGACACUAACCACUCAGAUCACCAAUCGGUAUCAACUGCUUCAAGUGCUCAGCAAGGAGGUUGUCAACCGCUGGUCCAAUCUGGUCGACGAUCACCAGUUCUACCAGGACAAGUACAACGAGGUGGAUUUGUGGCUGCAACCCAUUGAAUCGCAGAUGGCGAAGGUCCUUCUGGAUGAGCCCACCCAGAGUUCAAACAUUUUGCAAGUGCUGCUGUCUGAGAAGGAGCAAGCAGAGAGCUUAUUUGCUGCUCUAAAUGCAGCCGGAGAAAAGGCUCUUCCAGAGACAUCCACUCAGGGUAGGGAGAAAAUCCGUAAGGACCUGCGCGAUAUCCGCGAUCGUUGGGACAAACUGGACGAGGGCAUUCGCAACCUGGAAAAACGCCAGGAGGCGCAGGGAGUACAGCUCUCCAGCUACCAGGAUAUUCUCAAUCAAACUGUUAACUGGUUGGAUCAAGUGGAGAAACUACUCCACAAUGAAAACCCUGCCAGCUGGACCAGUGCCCAAGAAAUCCGCUCCAAGCUGUACAAGUACAAGGCCACCAACCAAGACAUUAACUCCCAUAAACGCAUAGUUGAGGCUGUGAAUGAAAAGGCUGCAGCUCUUCUGGGAAGCGCAGCUCCAGCCAACGCGGAUGAGAUCUCUCAGGCGGUGGCCGAGGUAAACAAGCGAUAUGAGCAAGUGGGUCAGGACUGUGCCAAGUUAGUGGCCGAUCUGGACGGAGCCUUCGAUGUGUACCAGCAGUUCAGUGAGCUGCAGAAGGCUCAGCAAGACUACCAGAAGAAUCUUUGGGAUCGUCUUACCGGCUACUCCGACUACUCGGGCAAUAAGGCAGCUUUACAAGCACGCCUCCAAAAGAUUAACGAGAUCCAGGAUGCAUUGCCGGAGGGAGUGGCCAAGCUCAAGUCCCUGGAGGAUCACAUUGAGCAACAGGCCAGUAAUAUACCCGCUCGAUCCAAGGAGGCGAUGGCCCGUGAUCUGGCCAACUUGCAUGCCGAUUUCGAGAAGUUCGGAGCUUCGUUGAGCGACGUCAAGAGUGGGCUAGAGAAUCGUCUACAACAAUGGAAUGACUACGAAAUCAAUUUGGAUCGACUGAUUACUUGGUUGGGUGAGGCCGAGAACGCCCUCAAGAACUACAAUCUGAAAUCAUCGUUUGAGGAGAAGGAAGAACAACUGAACGGUUUCCAAUCCUUGGCUCAGAAUUUGCGUCAAAACGAAGCGGACUUCGACAAGGUGAAGGAUGACACCUCUGAGCUGGUGCAAAGCUCCGGUGAAACAAGGAUUGCUGUUAAUGUGCAGCAGGUCUCCUCCCGGUUCCAAUCGAUCCAGGCUACCGCCAAGGAGAUUCUCAAGAAGUGCGAACAGGCUGUUCAGGAUCAUGGUCACUUCAAUGACAAGUAUAAGCAGUGUGCGGACUGGUUGGCAAAUGCCCAGGCCCGUUACGAUGACUGCUGUGACUUGUCCACAGUGGCCUCUCGAGACGAUCUUCUCAAGAAGCAAAUGGUCAUUCAGGAGCUUCUGGCUCAGCAGCCAACAGCCACCCAGCUUCUAAACAGCACCGUUGAGCUGGGCGAGAAGUGUUAUGGGUCCACAGCAACCGAAGGACGCGAGGCCAUUCGCAGUCAGCUGGAUGAUCUGACAUUCGAUCAGUUGUUUGACAAUAUUGCCAUAACGGCAAGAAAGAUUCAGGACAAGAUCGCCAAGUGGUCUGGCUUCGAUGAGAUUGCUGAUAGCCUGAAGAGUUGGUUGGAGGAAACGGAGAAUGCUCUUCCAGCUGAUAUUGAGCUGAAAACCACUCUGGAUGAGAAGCGCAAUAAGCUGCAAACCUAUCGUGACAUCUUGAACGACAUCAACAAUCACCAGGUGGAGUUGGGUAAUCUCCAGGAGAUUGCCGCCAAUCUGCCAGAAAAAACAGACCUUGUGGACCAAAUUCUUAAGGACAUCUCUGAUCGUUUUGGGAAGCUGCAAAAACGUGCCCAGAACUACGUGGAGCGUUACGAGGGUAUCGUGAGUGCACAUCAGCAGUACUCCAAGGCUGUUAUGGAUGCUCAAGAGUUUAUCGAUGCUACCCUGAAUACUGUCCACUAUUGGGGCGAUCUAGAUCUGGAACAGAUCUCACUGCACACGAACCUCGAUCGUCUGAAGAAUCUGAAGGCCAGCUUGGCCGAUGAAUUCCCACGAGUUGAUCAAGUCAGGGCCUUGGGCGAGAAGGUUAUUCCGGGUACCGUGGAUGUGGGACAGGUGAACAUAAAGUCCCAGAUCGACACCACCCAGCAAGAAUGGGAAAGUCUACUGACCACUAUCAGCUCCACCAUUGAAGCUAUUGAAGCUCGUCUACAGCAUUGGUCGGAGUACGAGCAGUUACGUGACCAGUGUUUGGCUUGGAUUCGUGAUACGGAUAACAACCUUCAUGCAAUCGAUCUCAAGGAGGAUUUGCCGAAAAAGCGUGCUCAGCUGGAUGCACUGAAGGCGCUCCAAGGCGAUGUGCGCGCCAAGGAAUUAGAGGUUGAUAAUGUCACGGAGAAGGCCCAAACCCUACUGAAGGGUCCCACCAGCAAUCGGACCUCGGGUCCUGAGUUGGUAACCAAGUACCAGCAGAUCUUCCAUAAGGUCAAGGAGCUGAACAAUCGGUGGCAGCAGUAUGUUACGUCUCACGAAGAUUUUGAUAACGCCAUCUCGGACUGCUCCUCUUGGAUCAAUGACAUCAAAGAAAAAUUGGACUAUUGUUCCGACAUGUCAUCUAUGAGUCCCAAAGAACUGGAUAAGAAAUUGGCCACUAUCCAGGAUGUUAUCUUGCUGAAGGACGAAGGUUCUGCGCGCGUCUUGAAGAUCUUAGAGCAGGCCCAGCACGUGUUGGCUAACACAGCGCCCGGAGGUCACGAGGCCAUCAACAAGGAACUCACCGAUCUCCAGGAGCUCUGGUCCGGAAUCGCACUGCGCAUCAUGGAUGUCAAGUCAAAUCUUGAUGACUCCAUUACUCAAUGGUCUGGUUUCCUGGAUCAAGUGCAAAACGUUCGCAAGUUUAACGAGUGGUUGGAUGGUCAGGUUAAGGAGUUGAGUGAGCAUCAAACAACCAUGACAGAGAAGCGAGCGCAAUUGGAUCGAGUUAAAUCUACGGAGGAGAAGGUCCGCGUAGAGAAGAUUGAUGUGGAUGCACUCAAAAUCCAAGCCAAGGAAAUGAUUGCCAGUGGCCAACAGAGUCAGGCAGCCUUCCAGGCCCAAAAGGUACUGGACACGUUCGACGAACUCUUUGCCAAGACACAGAAAUUGCUGUCCGACCGUCAGGAUCAGUACAGGGAUCAUCGAUUGUUCAAGGAGGCCUACGAUGACCUGGUUAGCUGGAUUGGACGAGCCCGCGAGAAAUUCCCUUCGUUGAAGCAGAGCAGCUUAAGCGAUAAAUUGGCCAUUGAAAACGCUGUCCAAGCUACGGAAGCUCUUCUCAACAAGCAGGCGCAGGGUGAACUGCUCGUGGAGCACUUGGUCCACACUGGAGAGGUGGUGCUGGCCAGUACCUCUGCUCAAGGUCAGGAAAUCAUUAGGAACGAUAUCCGUGCGCUGCGCGACAGCUUCGAGGGCUUGUUCCGUGAAAUCAAUCAGCAGAAGGAAAACCUGGAGGUGACCAUGGUUCAGUGGCGAGCUUAUAAGGAGGAAUAUGAACGUCUGAUGGAAUGGCUCCAGCAGAUCGACAUCCUUGUGAAGAACCACAAACUGAACUUGUGCUCCAACCUGCCGGAGAAGGAGAAGCAGGUGGCUGAUAUGAAGGAUGUAAUGUCUCGUCUCGAGAAAGGCAAGGAUGACAUCGAUAAGUUUAAUGCCUCGGCUGCCAGUCUGCUAAAGUCCCAUUUGGAUACUUAUGUGAACAAUCAGCUAAGGCACUUGAGCUCCGUGUAUCAGGUACAGGUAAAUCUAGCCAAGGACGUGCUCAAGAAGGUGGAAACCAACCGCGAUCAGCAUCGUGAAUAUGAUGCCAAUAUGAAAUCGGCCAAGGAUUGGAUAGCAAAUGCCAAGGCAACAAUUCAGUCGGCGGGUGAAGGAGCAGGCUCCAAGGAGGCUUUGCAGCGUCGCCUGGAGCAAAUUCAGGAUCUGAUUCGCAAUCGCGAGGUUGGACAGAACUUAGUCCAUACCGCUAUCAAUAAUGGCGAAAAGAUAAUUAGGAACACGCGGUCCGACGGACGUGACGCCAUUAAUUCCGAGAUGAAGGAACUCCAAACCGAAUGGGAUCGCCUUGUGAAGAAAAUGUCCACAGCCAAGGUGCAGUUGGAGACCAAUCUGCUGCAAUGGGCGGACUACAGUUCCAGCUACUCCCAGCUGCAGCAAUGGAUUACUGACAGGGAGGCCAAGUUGCAGCAGGCUUGUGAACAGAAGAUCGUUAAAUCCAAGAGGGGCCAACCUGGUCUCAGCAGUGGAUUGAGCGAACGCAAGGCCAAUCUUCGUCAGACGAACAACAUUGUCCAGGAUAUUGUGUCAUUUGAGCCCAUGAUUCAGUCGGUUACCUCCAAGGCUUCGGUUCUUCAGCAGGGUGCUCCGGGCACCGAAAUCUCGGAUAAGUACGAGAAUCUUACUAAGCAGGCUAAGGACUUGUACGAGAAACAGAAGAACACCAUCGAGAGCUAUCAGUCCUUGAUUGACGCGGGCAAUGAGUUUGCUACGUGGUUGAGAAAUGCCAAGGAACGAUUGAGCAAGUGCUCCGAACCCACGGGAGAUAAGCAAGCUCUGGCCGAGAAGACCCACCAGCUGAAGAUUCUGCAGGGUGAGCUGCCGGAAGGCGCCCAGAAACUGAAGAAUGCUCUGGAACAGGGCGAGAUCGCUUGCCGCAGUGCCGAGCCCGAGGAUUGUGAGAUCAUCGAGCAGGAAGUGGCCCUUCUUCAAGAGGAAUUCGAUGCCUACAGGGAAGCCCUCAAUAAGGCCAAGGAUUACCUGGAAGUGGGCAUUGUCAAGUGGUCCGACUACCAGGAUCAGUACACCGAGGCUUUGGAGUGGUUAAGUAAGACCGAAGCUUUGGUGCAAUCCUACAACAAAUUGCAGGAUAGCUUGAUCCAAAAGAAGGUUGUCCUCGAGCAAUUCCAGGGACAUCUGCAGACACUAUUUGACUGGCAGAAGACUCUGGAUGACCUGAACAUGAAGGCACAGGUUCUACUGGAGACUUGCUCCGAUACAAGAAUCAGCAAUGCUAUCAUGCAACUGACCACCAAAUACAAUGCUCUACUGACUCUGGCCAAGGAGGUGAUGCGUCGACUGGAGAUGCACUACCAGGAGCACCAGCAGCAUCACAGUCUGUACGAGGAGUGCCAGUCAUGGAUUGAGAAUACCCGUGAGAAACUUUCCGAGUGCGAACAGAUUCCCGGAACUCUUAACGAGGUUCAAAUCAAAUUGAAUACCGUGAAGAAUCUUCGUCAAGGAUUUGAAACCGGCCAGAAUAAACUGCGCUAUCUUUUGGAGCUGAAGGAGAAGGUGAUAAUGAACACCGAACAAAAUGGUGCAGCCAAGAUCCAGGAAGAUACCGAAGCCUUAAAGCAGGACUUUGACAAACUGCUGGUGGAUCUAAACGAUGUUCGCCAAAAACUGGCCAAUCGUCUUGCCCAGCUGGAGGAGAUCUUCAAGCUGUACAAGAUACUGGUUGAAUGGCUGGAGGAUGUGGAGCCGAGUGUCAAGACCAGUGAUGAGUUCCUGAACGACUUGAGUGAGAAACGCGCGGCGCUGGAGAAGUUCCGCGUCAUUCAGCGAGAUAUCAAUGGCCACAAUGAUAUUGUGGAAAAGAUCAACCAGCGGCUAAAGGAGGACAACAGCUUGGAUCUAAAGGACUUCCAACCGGGCUUGACCAAAUUCGAUGACCUGCAGACCCAGGUGAACAAAAUCAUCGAGUCGCUGGAGAACCAGGUAAACAGCCACGAGAAAUACAAGCAGGCCUACAAUGAGCUGCAAGAUUGGCUGCGACGCACUCGCAUUGAGGUGGAGCAGUGUGCCGACUGCCAUGGCGAGAAGGAUCAAGUGGAGAGUCGUCUGAAUCGCUUGGGAGACAUACAAUCAUCAUCUCUGGAGGGCAAGGCCCUUCUCGAAGCUUGUGAAGAGCUGAGUCAGGCGGUGAUUGCCACCAGCGGAAGCGAGGGCCAGGACAAUGUGGCCCAGGAGAUCAAGCAUCUCACCUCGGAGUGGGAGACCCUCCAAUCUUUAUCCCGCGAUGCUCGCAGCAGCCUCGAAUCUUGCCUGGCCGCCUGGCAGACCUUCCUGCAGAAGUUCAACAAGAUCAACCUGUGGAUCGAAACGAUGAACAAGCGCGUUACCAAAUCCCAGGAGGGCGAGAACAAGACACCCGAAGAUUUGGUUAAUGCCAAGAAACUGCUUGAGGAAGUGCUGGCCGAGAAGGAUAAUGUGGAGGACCUAAACGAUAACUGUGAGCUGCUCAUGGAGCAGAGCGCCUGCACUCGCAUUCGUGACCAGACCAUCGAGACUCAGGCCAACUACACCAAGCUCUUGACUUCCGCCCAGGGAUUGGUUGCCAAGAUCGAGAAGAAUCUAUCCGAUCACACCGAGUUCCUCAACUAUAAGAAGGAAAUGGACGCCUGGAUCGAGAAAGCGCAACAGGUUCUGGACGAUUGCUCCACUGAUGGCGAUGCUGCCAUCAUUGCCCAAAAACUGGAUACGGUCAAUUCCUUGGCUUCUCGCCUGCCCGAGGGUCAGCAUCUGCUGGCUGUGGUACAGGAUGCCUACUCGAAGGCUUCCAACAUCACUCCUGAGGACAAGCAAGAGAAGCUGCGGGAGCUGAUGACCAAGGUUCGCGAGGACUGGGAUGCCCUGGGACUGGCCGUAAAGCAAAAGUUGAGUGACCUGAAGCAGGCGCAGACUCGUUGGAACGAUUUUGCUGCCAACAAGGAUAAACUGGAGAAGUGGCUCAAGGAAACCGAGUCGACGCUUAAGGUGGCACCGGAAACCAAGGGCGAACUGAGCGAAAUGAAGACCCUGCUGGAGCGUUACAAGACCCUUUCGAAUGAACUGAAACAGAAGGGUAGCGAGCUGGAACAGUUGCAGUCGGAGGCUCGCGACCUGGGCACCGAAGUGGAUGCAGUGAAUCGCUUGCAAUCCCGAUGCGACAAGCUCAAGAACGAUUGCUCGGCUCACAUUGCGGCGCUGGAACAGGAGAUGUUCGACUAUAAUGCCUACCAUCAGAGUCUGCAGGAUGUGGAGAAGUGGCUACUGCAGAUUUCCUUCCAGUUGAUGGCCCACAAUUCGCUGUUCAUCUCGAAUCGUGAACAGACCCAGGAGCAGAUCAAGCAGCACGAAGCACUGUUGGUUGAAAUCCAAAAGUACCAGACCAAUUUGGAUGAUUUGAAUGCCAAGGGCCAGGCGCAGAUCAAGCGCUAUGAAUCCUCAACCCCAGCCAUUCGUCCUACAGUGGAGUCACAGCUGAAGAAUAUCCAGGAUAGCUACAACUCCCUGCUGCAAACAUCAGUGCAGAUCAAGAAUCGCCUGCUGGAAUCGCUGGCCAAGUUCCAGGAAUACGAGGACACUCUGGAUAGCAUUAUGCGUAAUCUGGAGACAUAUGAGCCCAUUAUCCAGACCGAACUGGAUGCCCCGGCCACCAGCCUGGAGUUGGCUCAAAGCCAGCUGAGGUGUGCCCAGGAAAUGCAGAACAAAUUGAACAACGAGAAGUCCCGACUGGCAGCUGCCGUCCAGGCGUGUGAAGCAGCCACUGCCUCCAUCAGUCGACCCAGUUCUCCGCUGGAAACAGCCAUGCAGGCUAUUCCCGAAAGGGAGCUCAUUGUGCGCGCCAAGCUCGAGGAUCUGCUGGAUCAGGUGCAAUCCCACUUGGGUGGUUUGACUGCAUCCGUUAGCGAACUGGAGCAACAGCAGAAGCAGCGCGCCGAGCUGCAGGAUUGGGUGAAGAAGCAGCAGAGCUCUGUCUCAGAUUGGAUGAUGCGUCCAUGCAAACUGCGUCCGGAGGCAGCUCAACAGGAGCUGGUGUCCAUGAACGAUUUGUUGAACUCCAUCGGGGACAAGCGGUCGCAGUUGAUGCUGGAAAUGACAGGAUCGUUGGGCGACGAGGAUACCGAUCUGGAUGAUAACAUCGACAAGCUGGAAUCAGAGCUCAUGGAUGCCAUUGCCAAGAAGCAGGCUGGUCAGAAUGUAAUCGAUGGCUACCGCCAGGGAAUGGCUGAUGUCCAGAACUGGUUCGAUACCCUGAUCAAGCGCAUGGACGUUUUGGAUCGCGGUUCGGGCUUGAAUUGUGCUCAGAAAAUGGCGGCCAUUAACGAGAUCAAAAACGAAUAUGAGCUGCAAGGACAUCCCAAGAUUCAGGAGCUCAAGGGCAAGGCAGCGCAGGUGGCGGAGGUCAUCAGCAAUCUCGAUGGCCAGCAAGUGGAAGAGCAAAUGAAGUCACUGGAUCGCCGCUUUGCUGAUCUCGGCAAGCGCAUCGAUCGCAAGGCUCAACUCCUGGAUGUGACCAACAAGGGUGUGGAGGGAGCUAAGGGCGAGAUUGAUCAACUCCAGAAUUGGGUGAAACAACAGAUUGAGGAGCUGCAGGCACCCACUCCAUUGGGUUACACGCCCAAGGAUGCCGAGGCACGCCAGCAGAAGAUCAAGAGUCUGAUGAAGGAUGCCGAGGCCAAGCAAUCCCUGGCCGAUGUCCUUGAGAAGCGUGUGGCCAACAUGCAGCAGGAAUUGGAACCCGUUGAGUACUCCCAACUGGAGUCCGCAUUGCGUAAUCUCAACACUGACAACCGCAACUUAUCGGCAGUCCUGAAGGCUGAACUGGAUCGUGCUCUGGAGGCCAGCAAGGCUCGUAAAUCCCUGGAGAACGAUCUGGACAAGGCACGCCAAUGGCUGAAGACCAAGAUCUCUGAAGUGCGCAAGCUGCCCGUCUACCACCCACUGACCUCUGGUGAGAUCGAGAAAAAGAUCCAGGAGAACCGGAAGUACGAUGACGAUGCCAAGCAGUUCAACGACAGCGUUUUGACUGAUGUUCAGCGCCAAGCGGCCAACAUAAUGAAGGAUUGCGAUGAUGCCGACAAGGCUGCACUGCAGCAGAUCCUGGACGAAAUAGCUGCCGACUAUCAGACCCUCAAGGAUGAGAGCAGCAAGAGAGGAAAGUCUCUGGAUGAUCUUCUGCAAGGUCGCAAAGCCUUUGAGGAUUCCAUGAAGAACAUGGGCGAUUGGUUGAACGAAAUGGAAACCGCCACCGAGGGUGAGCUUCGUACCACUAGUCUACCCGUUUUGGAGGAGCAGCUGGCCCAUUACAAGAAGCUCCUCAGCGAUGCCGAGAAUAAGGGCGGCCUCAUCAACGAUGUUUCGGAGCAGGGAAAGAGCAUCCUGCCCACACUAAGCAAUGCCGAUAAGUUGAAACUCAACGACGAUAUCAAGAACAUGAAGGAUCGUUAUGGCAGAAUCAAGAAUACCAUCGAUGAUCGCGUGAACGCCCUGGGUGAUCACAUCAAGAAGUACAAGGAUGCCAAGAGCCGGUUGGCCGAGUGCAGUCAGUUCUUGGGCAAUAUUCAGCAGAAACUCAGGGAACUCAACCGCCCGAUUGGGUCAAGGAUCGAAGAUGUCCAGGACCUGUUGGGUGCCUAUGAGGGAAUUCUCAAGGAACUCAAGGACAGCAAGAGCAAGAUGGGCGAUAUGCAGAUGGAUGAUUUGCCAGAGUUGCAGAGCAUUUUGGCCCAGCAGGAUGAUAUGAUUAAACUGAUUGAAGAUCAGUUGGCCCAUCUCCGCCAGCUUCUGCUGCUCCGCGAGCAGUUUAUUGCUUUGAUUAAUGAGAUUAUCGCCUUUAUCAUGAAGUACACCGAUGUUAUCAUUGAUAUUGAGAACUCACCUGAUAGUCUGGAGGAUAAGAUCAACAAGUACGAUGAUGUGAUUGUGAAGAUUCAGGAGUGCGAAGGUGUCUUGGCUUCGGCCAAUGAUAAGGGCCAGAAGAUUGCGUCCGAAGGUAAUGCCGCCGAUAAGAAUAGCAUUACCGAACAGUUGCAGUCCCUGAAGAAUCAGCUGCAGAAUCUCCGCAAGGCGGUGGAAUCGCAGCGCCAAAAGCAUCAACUCCAACUGGAAUCCCACAAGAAGAUGGCCGCCGAACUGAGCGAAAUCCUCGACUGGCUGCACAGCCACGAAGGAGCGGCCAAGUCGCGUCCUCUACUGGACCGAGAUCCCGAGUCCGUGGAGCGUGAGCUGCAGAAGCACCAGGUUCUCAGCCAGGACAUCGAAUCCUAUCUGAAUAAAUUCAACAAAAUCAAUGAUGGUGUUAAAACCGAAAUAGGCAUGCCGAGUUCCCUGUUGGAAAUGCUCUCCGAGGGCAGAUCCCUGGUGGCUUCCCUGCCCCAUGAACUGGAGGAGCGUGAAAAGUAUCUGAAGAACAACCGCGACUCUCGUUUGGAGUACAUGCAGCUGGUGGCCAAGUUCAAUGACUGGGUCCAUGAGGCCGAGUUGCGUCUUCAGAACAGCCAGCAUGGCAUCGACUACGAGCACUUGGUCCAGGAUCUAGACGAACACAAGAUAUUCUUUGGCAAUGAGGCGCCCAUCCGUAACCUGGUGCACAAGCAGAUCCAGGAGGCCGCCGACAAGAUUUGGUCCUCACUGAACAACUACGAACAGUCGGAACUUUCGGCGGAGUUGGCUCAGUUCCAAACCAAGUUGACCAACACACUGGCCAAUGCCAAGACCCAACAGAGUGAACUGGAGAAGGAGGCGGAACGCUGGCGGGAGUACCAACAGUCCAUCGAUCGCGUCAAGGCCACCAUCGAACGCACCAAGUUCAUCGAUGAGCCCGUCCAGAAUUUGGCUGGACUCCACUUCAACAUCCAGAAGCUGUCCCACGCCAUCGGCAAUGUUCAGAGCCAAAGCAGCGACUUAACGCUAGUCAACCAGCAGGCCCAAUCGCUGAUCCGCCAAGCAGACGCCCGCAAUCGCCAGCUGAUCGAGCAGGAUAACGCCGCACUGAAUAGAUCUUGGCAGGAUCUGGUGCGCAGCCUGGAACAGCGACGUGACAGCCUGCAACAGUUGGCCGAACAUUGGGACGGCUUCGAGAACAGCCUGCACGCCUGGGAAAAGGCACUUGGUCGACUGGAGGACAAGUUCCGCAAUGUCGAUCCGACUGUAAGAUCCCGACGUCACUUGGAAGAUACGAAGAAUGCCAUUCAGGAACUGCGUGAAGAAUCAAAUCAACUUAAAUCAUCACAUAAAGAAAUCGAGGCGCUCUCUAAAUCCAUCCUCACAUUCCUUGGGGAAGUACACAAACCCUCGGCGGAGGCCAUACAGGCCAAAGUGGAUAAGUUAGUUGAGCAGCAGGCCAAAUUGAACGACACUCUGCGCGAUAAGGAGCAACAGGUUAGCAAGGAUCUCGAGGAGAUCGAGCAAGUCUUCCGUCGCAUCUCGCAGCUGCAGGACAAGCUAAACGCGCUUCACGAUCAACUCCAAUCGGUUCACGUCUACGACGAGCACAUAGCCCAAACGGAACAGCUCCUAAUCACACUGAACAGUCAGGUGCAGCAGGCCGCCGAGGAGAGCAAAUCACUGGUGGCCCAGACAACGGCCCACUACCAGGCCAAACAGAAUCAGCUGCCCAGCGAUAUUGCCCAGGAGUUUACGGCUCUUGAGCUACUCGCCGAGCGAGUCCAGGUGACCAUGGAGACCAAAGAGAAGGAUUUCAAGCGGGCGAAGACCGUGCGCACCGAAUACGUGGCCGGUGUGGACGCAGUGCAGCUUUGGCUGCUCCAGGCGGAGGUGCAGGUGCAGGAGAGAAGCCUCACACCCACACAGAUGAAGGAGCUGCUGCAGCGCAUUAACCACGAGAUCACCGCCAUCUACGAACGCUUCACCCUGGUCAAGACCAAUGGCCAACUGAUCAUCGAGAACUGUCGCAACAGCGAGGAGAAGACGCUGGUGCAGACGACCAUCGACCAGUUGGCCGCAUCGCUGGCCCAGGUACGCGGCUGGCUGGACGAGAAGAAGCAGGCGGUGGGCGAUAGUCUGGACGCGUGGACGAGGUUCAUGAACCUCUACCAGAUCGUGAUGUCGUGGGCUUCCGAGAAGCGCACCUUUAUCGACCAGACCAUCGAGCUGCGCACCCUGCCCGAGGCACGCAACAAACUGAACGACUAUGUGACGGCUGUGAAGAGUAUUAAACCGAUUGUGAAGCAUCUGAGCGAAAUGGAUAAGGAACUGGAGCACAUUGGCCAGGUGACGACUGUGGGUGAUCUCAAGGACAAACUGCAGGAGGCCGAGGAUGCGAAGAUAUCCGUGGAAGCGGUGCUGCUAGAGAGGAACUCCCUGCUGCAAGAGGCCUGCGAGGAGUGGGACCAAUGUGAACGCAAGAUUAAGGAUAUACGCUCCUGGCACGAAAAGACGAAGCAGGGACUGGACUCCUCGCAGCAGCAGAAGAAACCGCUGCGCGAUCAGCUCGGCUUCUGUGAGAAGACCCUGGCCGAUAUCAAUGUGCAGAAAACGAAACUGAGACUGUCCAUCGAGAAACUGGAGGUUCAUUUCCGCAAUGGCAUGGGCGGUGAUCCGCGCCUGAGCGAGAAUGUCGAUGAUCUGGUCCGCGUGCUCGACGGCCUCGGCGAAUUGGUCAGGGCCAAGUCGCAGAGCCUCGAGCAGACGCUGGCCCAGAUCGAUGUUUACCAGCAGCAGAUGCAGUCCCUGCGCCAGCGCAUCAUCCAGGAGGAGCAGCAGCUCCGCCUGGUGAUGGCGCCCACGUACUUGCCGCACGAUCGCGAUCGCGCAUUAGCCGAGCAACAGGCAAUGCGAGAAUCAAUCGAUGGCAUGCAGCAAGUCUACGAUGCGACCGCUCGAAAGUCCUAUGCGCUGGAUCCCCAUUCAGUGGUGACCACUUCAUCGACUGUCUCGUUGCUUAUGAAGCCAACGGCGGCAGUGGGUCUAACCUAUGCUGAAGUGCUGUCGGGACAAGCGAGUCCGGUAAGCAGCGGUAAUGAAUCGGUAACCAAUUCCCGACAAGAACGAGACUCCUCCACGACGACAACGACUACGACGACUCGGCAACAAAAAUCGAACGAUACUCAGAACCAGACCACCAUUACAACCAUUAAGACUACCACAACCACGACAACGACUUCGAGAAGUACGCACGGGGAUGACGAUCAGAGCCAGGAGGGAUUCGAGUUCAAUGGCGGUGGCAGCACCAUGCCCACAUAUAUCUAUGAGCACCACCAACAGAUCACACCACCCAGCGAGAAUACAUCAAACACGGUUCCUAACACAGCUAUGACAACGACAACGACAACCAACCCCAACACCCAGUUCAUCGAAAGCGAGCAGAGACACCAACAGCACCACCCGAAAGCCGGUAAGAAGCUUCAGCCACCGCGUCCAGAACGCCGUGGUCGAUCUCCCAGACGCCGACCUCAACAACCACAGCCCUCGAUCGAGAUUCAAUUGGAGCCACAGCAACCACAAGAACAGGAGCAACUCUUCUUGCCAGCUGAUGACCGGACACGUUCCCGCAGUCCCAUGUGGGUACCAGGAUCGACUUCCUACGCGGAGGUUCUUCGGGGACUGGAGCUGGAGCGGAUCAGGGCCGAACAGCAGGCCGCUCAGGCAGUUCAGGAACGUUCCGACCUGACCAUUCAGGAUGUUGUGGAUGCCAGCGCAGAAGUUUCAGGCAGCAUAUUUAUACCCCAACCUGAUCCAGAGCCCGUCAAGGAAACGCAGCAACAGCAACAGCAACCACAAUUGGAACAGUACAUCACCGAACCGAGCACAAUACUCGACUAUUCUACUCCUCAGCAACAGGAGCAAGAAGCCCCCAGCAAUUAUGAAGUACCAAUGACUGCCGAACAGAUUGCAGCCACCUACUUGCAGCCCGAUCCGCAGUUGUAUCAGACAAUGUACGAAAACGUGGCCGACAGCGGUCAGUGGGGUUAUGUCACGGGAUCUGCGACGGAUCCACAGCAGCAGCAGGCCCCACAGAACUACUACGAGCAGAUAAUGCAGAUGCAGUAUCCCAUACAGUAUCAACAGGUAGCAGUUCCACCAGCCACUACGCAAUAUCAGCUUUUAGCAGGUUACUAUCAGCCGGUGCCCCAGACAGAGACCUAUUCCACGGUUUAUCCGGCAGAGCCAAACCAAAUCUACUACACACAGCAAACGGCGGAGUACUCGCCGGAAUAUUCACAGCAGCAGCAAACGGAACCCAUGCCUGAGUACCCGCAGGAAACAGUGGAUCAGACAUAUCUGCUUGAUCCAUAUCGCGUGGAGAACACUCUUCCCUCGACGACCGGCAACAGCGUGCUGGAUCGCGUUGUUACCACAUUGGCUUCCAUCGUCCAACAAAGUGCAGAACCCCUGACCACCAGCACCCAGCAAAUCCAACCUCUUGCCACUGUGGUCCAGGAGGAGCCGUACUAUAUUGAAGAGCAUGUUCAAAUGCUGCGACCUGUAGAGCCACAGGAACUUGAGCUAGACGAACCGCGACCUGAUAUCACAUUUGGUCAGUUCGAUGUUGAUGCUAUUGAAACCAUACCAUUGGAUGAACCACAAGCACCACAGACCCAAGUCGAGACUCAGUCGCAAGUCCGCACUCAACAAACUAUUACCACCACCACCUAUGUAACAGAGACCUCAACUGUCUUCGAACAGACACAGCCAACUGAGAUAAUGCAGCAGGUUUGGGAAGUCGUCGGGGUAGAAGAUGCCCCACAGGCCCCCAUAGAAAUGCCCACCACUGUCGUGGUGCAUCCCCAGGCCCAGAGGCGAAGCAACCAACAGAUCCGGCCCCAGGACAUUAGUACAGGCAGCACUUACGCCGAAGUCCUUUUCGGUCUCCACCACAAUGAACAUCCAGUUUUCCAGCCAUCCAGUCAGCAACCGACCCCAGUGCGCCUCACGUCCUCGCCGCCUUUGCAGCGCAAGACGGAUCAGGCUGGUACUAUCAGUACCACUACUUUUAGCAAUAAGACUACCCAACCAGCCCGACAUGUCGAGAAAUCGUCGACAUGGGAACACAAUGUGGACUCACGAUCCUCGCGUUCUAAGAGAGUGAGGCACGAAACUCAACCGGAACCACUACCCAUUAAACAGAGCACCAGGAAAGAUGGUCGGACGGGUAAAAAACCACUGUCUCCGGAUACAAAUGGUGUUGCCUCGGUGGAAACCAAACUUGUUGUUGAUGCUCCAGCACCCAAUCCUGUAGUUGAAGAGACUUCUAAGCCUGAGCCAAAGGCAAGAAAAUCGAAGAAGCCAAAGAAGUCCACUGAUAAUGUGGUCAACGCAAAUGUUGAGCCAGGCGUCGCUAUUUCAGUGCCAUCUAAGAAAGAUACGCAAUCGGCCCUUCCCCCUGUAGAGAAAAAGGAAACUGUGCUUGAAAAAACUGUGAUAAAGAAAAUCGUUGAGCCAUCUGUUGAGCCCGUAGAACCAGUUCCGGUUCCCUCGAAGAGAGAAAAGAAACAAAAGCCAGUCAAGGAAAAAGAAACUGCUCAGUCAGAUGUACCUGUUGUGGAAGUGGCACCAGUCGCUCCGACCAGAAAGGAGAAGAAACAAGUCAAGACAGCCGUUAAGGAGGUUGAAACCACCAUAACGAAAGAACCUUCUAUUGAAAAGGAGACUGUCAAGCCAGCUGAUGUUCCAAAGACGCAAGUAAAGCAAACGACAACUGUGGUCCAGUCGGUAGUUGAAAAGGAGGUUCUUCAACCAGCCGCUACCGAGGAUGUAGAGUUGGCAAAGCCUCAUAUCCAGGCACUGCCUUCGAAGAAGGACAAGAAAAAGACCAAGGCAGUUGUUGAGCCAGAAGUGAUUAGGAAGCCAACUGAGGAGGUGGUUAUCGAAAAGGAGUUGGUAACGCCAGUUGUGAUUGAAACAACCGAUGUUUCUCAAGUGAAGGAACAAGGUACUGCAACUUCUUCGAAAAGGGAAAAGAAGCAGUCCAAAACAGUUGUUGAGACCUCGGUCAUUGUUACAGAAAAUGUGGAACCGGCUGUUCAGUUUGAGGUCACUCCUGCUCUGCCCACGAAAAAGGACAAAAAACGUUCUAAGAAGGAACCUAAGGAAGAUAUUACAAUUGCUUUGGCUUCGGUGGAGAGUACUGAACAUAUUACGGAGCCUAUAGUUUCUAUUCAGGAAACAGUUGAAACGUUAUCAGAAACAAUUCCUGAAACAACAGAAGAAGAAAAGGUGACUGUUCAAUAUGAAAAUGGUUUUUCAGAUUUAGCACUUACGACUACCGACACUGUUACGAAAUCAACCACGGAUACGACAUCUUCAAUAGAGGAGGCACCUUCCAAUAUAACUGAGACCAUUAUCGAAGGCGAGCCCACGGUUACCACAUCGACUAAUACCAUCUCAACGGAAAGUGGAACUACAACCAUCACAACGCGAACAAUAACUAAGCAUAUUACCAAGCGCAUAGUGAAGCGCAUUGUAGAUGGUAAGGAGGAGAUUGUUGAGGAAGACGUCAUUGAUGAUUUGCCUGAAGAGAACAUCUGCGUUGAGCAGUACAACCUACCAACAAUCGAGACCACCACCAAUGAGGAGCCCAUCGAAGUGACAGGAUUCGCUGCAACCCAGGAUACAAUCGUGCAGCAGGGAUCGAUAACUAAGACCGUCAUCACCAAGACAAAGCGCAUCUUGAAGCGCAUCACCGAAGACGGAGAGGAAAUAGUUGAGCAGGUCUUUGAGGAUGAACCGGAAGUGGAGCGCGACGUUACACUACUGCCUACCACAGUGGUACAUUCGUUGGAUGUCAUAAAGGAUGCUGCCCAUAAUGUGGUUGAGGAAGUCAUCAAACAGGCUGAGGAAAUAACGCAGCCUGAGUCGCAGGAAUUGAUCGUGGAAAAGCCUGCUAAGGUGGAAAGCCGUACUGAACCUGAAGUUUCCAAAGAAGUUGUGGUUGAGCAGGAGCAAAAUAAGCCACAAAAGCCUUCGAGAAAGGAUAAGAAGAAGCAAAAGUUAUUGGAGAACAAACCAGAAACUGUUAUCGCCCCGAAGGUUGUCGAAAUUGUCGAGCCACAACAAGAAAUCGCAGAGCCCCAACAAGAAAUCACAGAGCCCCUGAACAUAACAAGUGCAAUUACAACGGAUAAUAAUCAAACUCUUUCGUCGGAGCAAACCACUGUCAGCGAUGAUAGUGGCCUCAUUAAGACUACAGUUAUUCGUACAACCAAAAUCGUGAAGAAAAUCUCAAAUCAGCAGGAAAGUCAGGAGAUGACCUCUUCAACGUACUCAGAUGCACCCUCGUCUUUGGGAUCUUACGAUUUGGCGGAAGAAGCAUUAGAACCGGCCAAGAUUGAAAAAUCCGAGUCGAAUAGCCGCGAAGUUAGCGAUGAGGGCGUGGUAAAAACAACUAAAACCAAAACAACCAAAACAAUCAUAUCUCCCAAGGUAGAUGAAUGCAAAGAGGAACCAUCACUGGAAGUGACAUCCACCGUUUCGCCUCCAGUUGAUAUUCAGUCUGAGGAGGGUGGUGUAAUUAAAACUACAAUUGUGCGUACCACCAAAAUUGUCAAAAAGAUUUCCCAUGAGAGUGAAAAUGUCAGCGAGACAAGCAGUGAACCCGAAGUAUCUCUACCAAUUGUGGAAGAUGCACCUGUCGUUGCUGAAUCGGUUACCACCGAGUCAAACAGCGAGGGUAUAACCAAGACCACGACAAUGCGAACUACAAAGGCUGUGGCCAAGACUGUCACCGAAAAUGAACGAGAAAUCCUUAACCUACCGGAGGUUCCUGCUGGUCCUGUUGAACCAGAAAACAACACUGUUUUGGGUGUAAUUGAAACCGUCGAACUGCCAGCAGUUCCGGAGGCCCCAAUUGGAGUUGAGGACAAGCUCCUAAUUACUGCAACAUCUAGUAAAAUUCCCCAGGCUAGUCAAGAAAAGUCCACAAUUAUUGACUUUAUCAGCGCAGAACAGAACGCGACUGAUAAUUAUACAAUGCCAGUAAAAACCGUCACGGAGGUGCCAGCUAUCGAGGAACUUGAGAUCAGUUAUCCAAUUGAAGAAACUACAACACCUGAGCCAGAAUCUUCUGGGGUUGGUGAUGUUGUCAAGACAACAAUUGUUCGAACAACAAAAAUUGUUAAAAAGGUUACCCAAAACACGGAACAAACGGUUGGUGUGAUUGUCGAUGCUCCGGAGUCGGAGACUGAAAAAACGGAAGCGGAGGAGCCUGCUGAGGAGGCUAGUGGUGGUGUGACUAAGACAACAACUGUGCGUACUACGAAGAUCGUGAAAAAGCUGAAUGAAGAUGGAGAAACAACCACGGAGGAGACCAACACUGCCACUGACCCAGUGACAGUCCGCGAACCCUCGCCAGCUUUUUCGGAAGUGCCGAGCGAUACUUCCACCACAUCCAGCCAAAUCGAUGGUGCAAUUAUCAAAACUACGACGAUUCGAACGAUGCGCAUUACAAAGAGGAUUUCCAAUGACGGACGUAUUCAUCUUACGGAAAGCGAGACACCAAGCGAUGUGAUCGUGACUUCAAGCAUUGAGAUGCCCGAUCAAAGACCAAUUAGUCCACUUGUUCCCUCGAGGUCAACCUCCCCUGCUGUGACGCCUAGUUCCGAACUAAAGCUAGAUAAUUUGGGUGCAAGUAUUCAGUUAGGAUUGAAGGACAGUCCCACUGGUGUCAAGGUUAUUGGCAUCGAAACAAGCACAGGGGACUUGCCUAAGCUGGCUGAACAGCAAUUUGCUACAAACAAGACUAAUGGGGCUUUGAACGAGACGGAUAGUAUUACCACUACUACGACGACUACCAAGAACACGAUACUAACGACUACGCAACGACGAAGCUUCGAAACCGAAGAUGGCACAAAUGUUCUUUUCGUGGGAGAAGGCAUUGACGGUGCUUAUCCACCGGGCACAGUUCAAAAAAUUUCCCUUAUUACCCAUGAAGAGAAGCUGAAGACACCUAUUGUGAAAAUGCAUCUUGAUUUUCCGGAGGUUAGUCUUCGGGUGACCGAGACUGUGACUGAAAAUGUGGAAUCCCUGCAAAGAGCAGCCGAAAGUAAUGAGAAUUCCGUGAUUGAAGUAGUUGAAUUGUCCAAAUCUGAAGUUCCAGAACCAAUAGAAUUAAAGCCAGAUCCAGUUCAUUCCACCAAUUUAGACGAACCAAAAGCGACCCAAACAGUUUUACCCGAAAGUAAUCCUGCAGAAUUGAGCCCUGAAGAGCAGAAGCUCUUCGAGGACAUUCAGAAGAAAUUGUCUAAGAAAGAUAAAAAGAAGCGUCCCGCCAUUCCUGAAGAAUUUAUUAAACAAGAAACGGUUCAGGUCAUUCUAGAAGAAAGCAAAGGUAAUGAAGCUCCUAGUGUUGUCUCAGUAGUUGAAAAUCUUACUGAUGUCGUUGAACCCUCAGUUAAGCAGGACCCUAUUGCCCCGAUUGUAGAAGUAAAAAUAGUUUCCCAAGAUCCUCUUGUUUCAACCAUUGAUGACGUCGAUGUAGAUACAAAGCCGAUCCCUGUUCCAGAGUCAGAGAAAUUGCUCCUUAAUAUUUCUGAAGACUCGUCCCUAAUCUCAACCAUUAAGUUAAUCGAGCAGAACAAUUCAGAUAUUCUUUACCGAGAGUCUAUAGUAGAAGUUGUCCCUGUUUCCACCCAAGAAGAAGUGCCAGUAGAAAAUCCAUGUGAAACUCAGUCAAGUACUCCUACUAAUAUCGCUAAUGAAAUUGUACCUGAUAAACCAAGCGCAUUAAUUGCUGAAGCAUUUGUGGCUAACACGGUAAGCACUUUAAGUAUAAUCACUAAUAUUGAGAAACUUUCACCUUUAAACAAAAUAUUUGAAAUUCCCAAAUUUGACAUCUCCAAACUUACUAUUGCUGAGGGUAAUUAUCACAUAAUAAAUUCUAAGUCUAAAGCAAUUGAGCAGGUAAAUCCUAUCGAACCUGAUCCUGUAUCGCCACCAAAGUCGGUAAGCUUUGUCAUUGACAACGUAACAAACAUAGAGUCUGCCGUCACCGACGUGGGUUCAACAACUACAAAGACUUUCAAUGUAGACCAACAAACAGAAAAUGUUCCAGCUAUAUACCACUUCGAGAUUCCCAAAUUCGACAUACUGUCCAUUAGUAAGGCGGAAGCCAGACAGAAAACCCUUCAAGCUUACGAGCUUCAGGAAGCCUCCAGAACUGAACCAGAUAUCACAGAAAUUUAUGAAAAUGUCCAGAAAAUUGAAGAAUCACCAGUUCAGGAUAACUGCGACACCAUUACAGAGACUGCAACAAAAACAGAAAAUGCAAAGUACCUCGGCGAAACUUAUAUUCCUGAGGAUGCCCAAACUGAACAAAUCGAAGAAUUCGUCGAGCCAAAGCCAAUAAUUGAAGCUCCAAUUGUAGACCAGACGACGACCAUUACAACUGAAACCACCACAACAAUAACGACCGAAUCUGUAAGCGAAACAUCUUCUAAUCCAGUAGUAGAAUCGGUGAAGAUUCCAGAAGAACCCAAAAAACCAGCAUAUGCAGGUCUUCCCGUCGAUGACUCUUCUAGCUCGUGGAUGGAUGUCUUGGAAGAACCUAUUAACUUCUCUGAUGAUGAAGAGGAACCAGUUCCUAAGCCAGAGAGGCAAGUGACGCUCGUCGAAGAAGCAGUCGAGGUCAAGCCAAUUGUUGAAGAUUCGGUUGUGGACGAAUCAAAGACCAUUACAACAGUUACCACCACAACAACAACUACUGAAACCAUUGGCGAACUUGCUAUUCCCGAGGAACCCAAGCAAGUAGUAGAACCGGUGAAGAUACCUGAAGAACCCAAAAAACCAGCGUAUGCCGGUCUUCCCGUCGAUGACUCUUCUAGCUCGUGGAUGGAUGUCUUGGAUGAACCCAUGAACUUCUCUGACGAUGAAGAAGAACCAGUUCCUGAGCAGCAAAAGGAAGAUACUCUUGUCAAAGAAGAUGUCGAGGUUAAGCCAAUUGUUGAAGAUUCGGUUGUGGACGAAUCCAAGACCAUUACAACUGUGACCACAACAAUAACUACCGAAACCAUUGGCGAACUUGUUAUUCCCGAGGAACCCAAGCAAGUAGUAGAACCGGUGAAGAUACCUGAAGAACCCAAAAAACCAGCGUAUGCCGGUCUUCCCGUCGAUGACUCUUCUAGCUCGUGGAUGGAUGUCUUGGAUGAACCCAUGAACUUCUCUGACGAUGAAGAAGAACCAGUUCCUGAGCAGCUAAAGGCAGAUACUCUUGUCGAAGAAGAUGUCGAGGUCAAGCCAAUUGUUAAAGAUUCGGUUGUGGACGAGUCCAAGACCAUUACAACAGUGACCACCACAAUAACAACUACCGAAACCAUUGGUGAACUUGCUAUUCCCGAGGAACCCAAGCAAGUAGUAGAACCGGUGAAGAUACCUGAAGAACCCAAAAAACCAGCGUAUGCCGGUCUUCCCGUCGAUGACUCUUCUAGCUCGUGGAUGGAUGUCUUGGAAGAACCUAUUAACUUCUCUGAUGAUGAAGAGGAACCAGUUCCUAAGCCAGAGAGGCAAGUGACGCUCGUCGAAGAAGCAGUCGAGGUCAAGCCAAUUGUUGAAGAUUCGGUUGUGGACGAAUCAAAGACCAUUACAACAGUUACCACCACAACAACAACUACUGAAACCAUUGGCGAACUUGCUAUUCCCGAGGAACCCAAGCAAGUAGUAGAACCGGUGAAGAUACCUGAAGAACCCAAAAAACCAGCGUAUGCCGGUCUUCCCGUCGAUGACUCUUCUAGCUCGUGGAUGGAUGUCUUGGAUGAACCCAUGAACUUCUCUGACGAUGAAGAAGAACCAGUUCCUGAGCCACAAAAGGAUGAAAUUCUUGCCGAAGAACUAGUCGAGGAUAAGCCAAUUGUUGAAGAUUCGGUUGUGAACGAGUCCAAGACCAUUACAACAGUGACCACCACAACAAUAACUACCGAAACCAUUAGCGAACCUGCUAUUUCCGAGGACACCCUGAAAGUUGAAGGAACAGUGGUCAAAUUUGACGAACCAACAAAACCACAUACUGAAGUAACACGUAUCGAAACACCCCUGGCACCCUUUAAAGAUGUAUCAGAAAAUAACACUCAGAUUGUAGAUGCAGUUGAUGUGGUUCAAAAACCAGUCGAAACGGUUCAUAUAUCUGAGGACUCUGUGACUACUGAAACCGAGAUCACUCCUCUGGCGCCUUUCAAAGUAAUUCCUGAAAGUGAAGAAGAACCAGUUCCUGAGCAGCAAAAGGAAGAUACUCUUGUCAAAGAAGAUGUCGAGGUUAAGCCAAUUGUUGAAGAUUCGGUUGUGGACGAAUCCAAGACCAUUACAACAGUGACCACCACAAUAACUACCGAAACCAUUGGCGAACUUGUUAUUCCCGAGGAACCCAAGCAAGUAGUAGAACCGGUGAAGAUACCUGAAGAACCCAAAAAACCAGCGUAUGCCGGUCUUCCCGUCGAUGACUCUUCUAGCUCGUGGAUGGAUGUCUUGGAUGAGCCAAUGAACUUCUCUGAUGAUGAAGAGGAACCAGUUUCUGAGCCACAAAAUGAAAAUACUCUUGUCGAAGAAGUAGUCGAGGCUAAGCCAAUUGUUGUAGAUUCGGUUGUAGAUGAAUCCAAAAUAAUUACAACUGUUACGACCACAAUUGUUACAUCCACCAACCAAACUGAAUCUGAGAAGAACUCUCUUCCUGCCGAAGAGGAAGCUGAACCGCAGAUAUUUAGUAAUGUAGUAGAAGAAGUCAGUCAGAUAGAGAAGCCUCUAGAGGGGCCUAUUGAUACAUGGUCCAGCGUUUUGGAGGACACCAUUUCUAAUACUGGAAACAUUGGCUUUACUUCCACCUUGUCGGCGGACGCACCUGAGUUUACUCCAUCUUAUUUAAAACAUACCUUCUCCGACCAAACACAUACGUUCCUUGCGAAUGAAAGAGUAUACAACGAAUUCAUUCCCAGGAACAAGUCUGAACAAACCAUUGGCCCACUUCAAAAGGCUAAAAAGGUAAAGCCCUCAAAGCGACAAAACAAAAAGGUGGAAAUACAAGAACAAAUUAUUGAUGUCCAGCCUGCUCCAGAAGCAAGUGUUACAGAACCAAUACAAAUAGUCGAAGAAGUGGAGAAUGUUUGGAACAAGAACCGGGAUGGUAAAUCGUAUGCUGACGUGCUACUCAACUCUGGAGUUAUAACUGACGUCCCAUCUACUGAGGUGCAUAAAGAAAUCCCGCACAAGCCAGCCAUGGUCAAUACUAAAGCCCAAGAUCGGAAGAAAAAAUCGAAGCCAGAGAAGGGCCAGGAAGAAAAGAGUAUUGAACUUCCUGCACCAAGCACCGAAAGCGACAAAUCUAAGACAAAUAGCGACAGUGAGCUGUCCAAGCCUACGACAGAAAGUGAAUUAUCGAAACCAACAACAGAAAGUUCCAAAGAGCCGUCUUCCGAUGAAAGGGAUGUUUCCAGCACAUCCGAGCUGACAUGGUCAGCCCUUGUGCGGAGACCCGGCGAUUGGUCAGAUACAACCGUAGUUAAGAAACUGAGUUCACACACAGCUGUCACAACUAAAGAUAAACAUCACCAGAAAGAAAAGGAAGAGCCCAAGAAGACCACAAAGGCAAAGAAGACAAAGAAGUCUAAGAAACCCAUUGUAGAGCCCGUCUCAACUACAUCAGAGGACGAGCAACCCGAAUCUGUGCCUGAGCCAGUGGUGGCUAUACCUGAACCAGUAGAGGCAAAACCGGAGCCUGAAAUUGUCGAGAAGCUAGAGAGUAGCAGUGCGUUCUCCUGGGCCUCACUUGUAAAAAGACCAGGCGAAUGGAUUGACAACACUGUUACUCACAUUAAAACCGCUGUCGCACCAUUGCCUGAGGUAAAAGAACCAAAAACAACCAAAAAGGAUAAUAAGAAGCCACAAAAGCCCAAGAAACAGAAGGCAACAAAAAAACCCACUCCCGUUGCAGAGCCCGAAGAUGAAGUAAGCAGUGAACCUUCGGAGGACAUUGUUGUGGAGUGUGAGGUAGAAGUGGAAGAAUCUAAACCUAUCAAAAACACAGAAAACUCCUUCUCUUGGGCGUCCCUGGUAAAAAAGCCCGGCGAAUGGGUUGAUGACAUUGCUUCUCGUAAAAAGCCAGUUGAAGUCCUUCAAGAGGAGCCUAAGGAAGUGCAACCACGGAAAGAACGUAAAAUUUCAAAACCCCAGUCCAAGCCUCAGUCUGAGAACACCACCAAGCGUAAUAACAAAAAGGAAAUUCGUGAACCAAUAAUUGCUCAUUCGACUUCAGAGGGCAAUGAUGUGGUUGAGGUAUUACAACCUUUUGAUGAGAAAACUAUUACUUGGGCUAAAAUCGCCAGUCAAAUUGAUCAUAUGACUGACUUGAAACCAAAGGCCAAACCAAACCAGGAAACUAAGCCGAAACAAGUAGAAAAGGUAAAACAGCAAGUAAGAGCCGAUCGAAUUGAGAAGCCCAUAAGAGAUCUACAUAAAAAAGAAGCUGGUCAUUCCUGGUCAUCUGUCGUUAGUCAUCAAGUCACUGAUUUUAUUGAAGCUGAAAGUGUCAAACCAGCUCCUGAAAUCUCUGAGAAAAAGAAGAGUGGCAAUACCAAACCAAGAAUUGCUCCAAAAGUGGAGGAACCUUUGCAAGAACCCGUUCAAAGUGAAUUAGAAAGUACCCCCGUAAUGUCAUGGUCUGAAAUGAUUGACGAUGGGGCGGACAACGUGGUUACUGAACGAAAAUCGUGGAAAGAACUUAUAGAAGAUGAAAUAGAAAUUCCUCUUCCUCAUGAGAAUGGAGACGAAGCCAACAUCAACAAGAUUAUUGAAACCAUCCAAGAAAUACAAUUAACCUGUGAAGAAAAACCAAAAAUCUUGCCGAUAGCAACAACGAUUACAACAGUAACCACCACAACAAUAUCAACGGAGUCUAACAGCGAAACUGCCAUCCCCCUGGAGCGUAAGCAAAAAGAAGAACCGGUAAUGAAAAUUGAAGAACCAAAGAAACCUGCAUAUGCUGGUCUACCCGUGGAUGACUCAUCUAGCUCGUGGAUGGAUGUCUUGGAUGAACCCAUGAACUUUUCUGACGAUGAAGAAGAACCAGUUCCUGAGCAGCAAAAGGAAGAUACUCUUGUCAAAGAAGAUGUCGAGGUUAAGCCAAUUGUUGAAGAUUCGGUUGUGAACGAGUCCAAGACCAUUACAACAGUGACCACCACAACAAUAACUACCGAAACCAUUAGCGAACCUGCUAUUUCCGAGGACACCCUGAAAGUUGAAGGAACAGUGGUCAAAUUUGACGAACCAACAAAACCACAUACUGAAGUAACACGUAUCGAGACACCCCUGGCUCCCUUUAAAGAUUUAGCAGAAAAUAACACUCAGAUUGUAGAUGCAGUUGAUGUGGUUCAAAAACCAGUCGAAACGGUUCAUAUAUCUGGUGACUCUGUGACUACUGAAACCGAGAACACUCCUCUGGCGCCUUUCAAAGUAAUUCCUGAAAUUAAAGAAGAACCAGUUCCUGAGCAGCAAAAGGAAUAUACUCUUGUCGAAGAAGAUGUCGAGGUCAAGCCAAUUGUUGAAGAUUCGGUUGUGGACGAGUCCAAGACCAUUACAACAGUGACCACCACAAUAACUACCGAAACUAUUGGUGAACUUGCUAUUCCCGAGGAACCCAAGCAAGUAGUAGAACCGGUGAAGAUACCUGAAGAACCCAAAAAACCAGCGUAUGCCGGUCUUCCCGUCGAUGACUCUUCUAGCUCGUGGAUGGAUGUCUUGGAUGAACCCAUGAACUUUUCUGACGAUGAAGAAGAACCAGUUCCUGAGCCACAAAAGGAUGAAACUCUUGCCGAAGAACUAGUCGAGGAUAAGCCAAUUGCUGAAGAUUCGGCUGUGAACGAGUCCAAGACCAUUACAACAGUGACCACCACAACAAUAACUACCGAAACCAUUAGCGAACCUGCUAUUUCCGAGGACACACUGAAAGUUGAAGGAACAGUGGUCAAAUUUGACGAACCAACAAAACCACAUACUGAAGUAACACCUAUCGAGACACCCCUGGCACCCUUUAAAGAUGUAGCAGAAAAUAACACUCAGAUUGUAGAUGCAGUUGAUGUGGUUCAAAAACCAGUCGAAAGUGUUCAUAUAUCUGAUGACUCUGUGACUACUGAAACCGAGAACACUCCUCUGGCGCCUUUCAAAGUAAUUCCUGAAACUAAAGAAGAACCAGUUCCUGAGCAGCAAAAGGAAGAUACUCUUGUCGAAGAAGAUGUCGAGGUCAAGCCAAUUGUUGAAGAUUCGGUUGUGGACGAGUCCAAGACCAUUACAACAGUGACCACCACAAUAACAACUACCGAAACCAUUGGCGAACUUGCUAUUCCCGAGGAACCCAAGCAAGUAGUAGAACCGGUGAAGAUACCUGAAGAACCCAAAAAGCCAGCGUAUGCCGGUCUUCCCGUCGAUGACUCUUCUAGCUCGUGGAUGGAUGUCUUGGAUGAACCCAUGAACUUCUCUGACGAUGAAGAAGAACCAGUUCCUGAGCAGCAAAAGGCAGAUACUCUUAUCGAAGAAGAUGUCGAGGUCAAGCCAAUUGUUGAAGAUUCGGUUGUGGACGAAUCCAAGACCAUUACAACAGUGACCACCACAAUAACAACUACCGAAACCAUUGGCGAACAUGCUAUUCCCGAGGAACCCAAGCAAGUAGUAGAACCGGUGAAGAUACCUGAAGAACCCAAAAAACCAGCGUAUGCCGGUCUUCCCGUCGAUGACUCUUCUAGCACGUGGAUGGAUGUAUUGGAUGAGCCAAUGAACUUCUCUGACGAUGAAGAUGAGCCGCAAAAGGAAAAUACUUUUGUCGAAGAAGUCGAGGCUAAGCCAAUUGGUGAAGAUUCAGUUGUAGACGAGUCCAAAACCAUUACAACGGUUACUACAACAACAACAACUACCGAAACCAUUAGCGAACUUGUUAUUCCCGAGGACCCCAAGCAAGUAGUAGAACCGGUGAACAUACCUGAAGAACCCAAAAAGCCAGCGUAUGCCGGUCUUCCCGUCGAUGACUCUUCUAGCUCGUGGAUGGAUGUCUUGGAUGAACCCAUGAACUUCUCUGAUGAUGAAGAGGAUCCAGUUCCUAAGCCAGAGAGGCAAGUAACGCUCGUCGAAGAAGUAGUCGAGGUCAAGCCAAUUGUUGAAGAUUCGGUUGUAGACGAAUCCAAGACUAUUACAACGGUUACUACAACAACAACAACUACCGAAACCAUUAGCGAGCAUGCCAUUUCCGAGGAACCCAAGCAAGUAGUAGAGCCGGUGAAGAAACUUGAAGUAGCCAAAAAACCAGCAUAUGCCGGUCUUCCCGUCGAUGACUCUUCUAGCUCCUGGAUGGAUGUCUUGGAUGAACCCAUGAACUUCUCUGACGAUGAAGAGGAUCCAGUUCCUAAGCCAGAGAGGCAAGUAACGCUCGUCGAAGAAGUAGUCGAGGUCAAGCCAAUUGUUGAAGAUUCGGUUGUAGACGAAUCCAAGACCAUUACAACGGUUACUACAACAACAACAACUACCGAAACCAUUAGCGAGCAUGCCAUUUCCGAGGAACCCAAGCAAGUAGUAGAGCCGGUGAAGAAACUUGAAGUAGCCAAAAAACCAAUUAUGGAUGUCUUAGAUGAGCCAAUGAAAGAGCCUAACAAAGAGGAAACAGUUUCUCAGCCAAAGCCAUUAUCUUCUAAUAUAUGGGAACUGCAUUCGUCAUAUGCGGAUGUUUUGCGUCACACUGUGGAUUUCAUAAGUUUAGAAAAGAAUAACGUAGAAGUCCCAUCUGAAUCAAAGUUAGAUAAAGGACAAAAAGCAAAAGAGCCUGCUAAACUUCCAGGAACUUCGAUUAAACCAAAGGCGAAGAAAGAAAACCCGUUCAAGAAGGAGCAAGGAGCUACAAUUUUGGCGUCUAAGGACGAAAUUAUACCACUCGAACAAGAAUCUCCCAAAACCGAAUCAAAAACGUCGUGGUCAACAAAGGUCGAUAACAUUUUGGAUGAUAACGUUCAUACGAACAUACCCAGUUCCGAUAGCACUUUGUGGUCUUCAAUUGUCCGACAAGGUGUUCAGGAACCUAUUACAAAAAUUACUCAAUCUGCAGACCAUGAUGUUAAAGCUCUAGAACCAGCAUUCCAUGACUCGCAAGAAAUAAAUAAUUUCAUUUCCCACGAAUGUCGCUCCUUAGUGAUGGAAAAGACUAAGAAACAAAAACCAAAGAAGGAAAAGCAUCCCAAAAAAUCGGAAACUGUCGACGCAGUGGUUUUAGAACCUUAUGUUGAUUGUACCAUGCGCGAAGAUCCUAAAACACAGCAAGAACCAGAACUUCAGUCAGUUUUAGAAAGUUCACCCAGUCAACCCAUGUCAUGGUCAUCUAUUGUCUCAAAGACCGUGGUUCUGCCUCCAACAAUUACUGAAAGUAAAAUAUCCAAGGAACCAGUUGAACCUCAGAGAUCAAAAGCAGUGCAAGAGUUCAUUAGUAAAGAACAAAUCUUUUCAACGGCUGUAAAUGACAAAUCUACGAAGCAAAAUAUAAGGAAAGAAGGAGAGUCGUCUAAUGUAGAACAAAAGACUUUUAUUGAUGAGCCAGUUAAUAAGGUGACCAUAGUUGUUGAAACACAACCUGAACCCAGUACAGUUAGUGAGGUAGUUCCAUCGCAACCACUAUCUUGGUCGUCUAUCGUCUCUCACACCACGGAAGUUACGACAAAUGUAUCGGAGACCCACUUGACUGAAGAACCUAAACCUUUAGAAGAAAAACCGAAAAAACAAAAAGCAAAGAAGGAAAAGAAAUCUAAGGUUGUUGUAGCUCCAGAGCCCAUCGUUGAGUCCGCAGUUCCUGAAGCCAUUGUUGAACCCACUGUUGAAAUGACUUUUGUUCAAGAACCAGUGGUUGAGGUCACCACAAUUGUUGAGGACGUAACGCCUGAGAUACAACCGGAACCCACUCCAGUUAGUGAGGAAGUCCCAUCGCAACCACUAUUAUGGUCGUCUAUCGUUUCUCAAACCACGGAGGUUACGACAAAUAUAACAGAGACCCGCUUGACUGAAGAACCUGAAGAUCAAAAACCUUUGGAAGAAAAACCGAAAAAGCAGAAAGCAAAGAAGGAAAAGAAAUCCAAGGUGGUUGUAGUUUCAGAACCCAAUGUUGAGUCCGCAGUUCCUGAAGCCAUUGUUGAACCCACUGUUGAAGUGACUUUUGUUGAAGAACCAGUGGUUGAGGUGACCACAAUUGUUGAGGAAGUACCGCCUGAGAUACAACAGGAACCCACUCCAGUUAGUGAGGAAGUCCCAUCGCAACCACUAUCAUGGUCGUCUAUCGUUUCUCAAACCACGGAGGUUACGACAACUGAAACAGAAAUUCACUUGACUGAAGAACCUAAAACUUUAGAAGAAAAGCCGAAAAAACAAAAAGCAAAGAAGGAAAAGAAAUCUAAGGUGGUUGUAGCUCCGGAGCCCAUCGUUGAGUCCGCAGUUCCUGAAGCCAUUGUUGAACCCACUGUUGAAGUGACUUUUGUUCAAGAACCAGUGGUUGAGGUCACCACAAUUGUUGAGGACGUAACGCCGAAGACAGAAUCAGAACCCACUCCAGUUAGUGAGGAAGUCCAAUCGCAACCACUUACUUGGUCGUCUGUCGUUUCUCAAACCACGGAGGUUACGACAAAUAUAACAGAGACCCGCUUGACUGAACAACCUGAAGAUCAAAAACCUUUGGAAGAAAAACCGAAAAAGCAGAAAGCAAAGAAGGAAAAGAAAUCCAAGGUGGUUGUAGUUUCAGAGCCCAACGUGGAGUCCGCAGUUCCUGAAGCCAUUGUAGAACCCACUGUUGAAGUGACUUUUGUUCAAGAACCAGUGGUUGAGGUCACCACAAUUGUUGAGGACGUAACGCCGAAGACAGAAUCAGAACCCACUCCAGUUAGUGAGGAAGUCCAAUCGCAACCACUUACUUGGUCGUCUGUCGUUUCUCAAACCACGGAGGUUACGACAAAUAUAACAGAGACCCGCUUGACUGAAGAACCUGAAGAUCAAAAACCUUUGGAAGAAAAACCGAAAAAGCAGAAAGCGAAGAAGGAAAAGAAAUCCAAGGUGGUUGUUGUUUCAGAGCCCAACGUGGAGUCCGCAGUUCCUGAAGCCAUUGGUGAACCCACUGUUGAAGUGACUUUUGUUCAAGAGCCAGUGGUUGAGGUGACCACAAUUGUUGAGGACGUAACGCCUGAGACAGAAUCGGAACCCACUCCAGUUAGUGAGGGAGUUCCAUCGCAACCACAAUCUUGGUCUUCUAUCGUUUCUCAAACCACGGAGGUUACGACAACUGAAACAGAGACCCGCUUGACUGAAGAACCUGAAGAUCAGAAACCUUUAGAAGAAAAACCGAAAAAGCAGAAAGCAAAGAAGGAAAAGAAAUCCAAGGUGGUUUUAGUUUCAGAACCCAACGUGGAGCCCGCAGUUCCUGAAGCCAUUGUUGAACCCACUGUUGAAGUGACUUUUAUUCAAAAACCAGUGGUUGAGGUCACGACAAUUGUUGAGGAAGUAACGCCGGAGACAGAAUCAGAACCCACUCCAGUUAGUGAGGAAGUCCAAUCGCAACCACUUUCUUGGUCGUCUGUCGUUUCUCAAACCACGGAGGUUACGACAAAUAUAACAGAGACCCGCUUGACUGAACAACCUGAAGAUCAAAAACCUUUAGAAGAAAAACCGAAAAAGCAGAAAGCAAAGAAGGAAAAGAAAUCUAAGGUGGUUGUAGUUUCAGAACCCAACGUUGAGUCCGCAGUUCCUGAAGCCAUUGUUGAACCCACUGUUGAAGUGACUUUUGUUCAAGAACCAGUGGUUGAGGUCACCACAAUUGUUGCGGACGUAACGCCUGAGACAGAAUCGGAACCCACACCAGUUAGUGAGGGAGUUCCAUCGCAACCACAAUCUUGGUCUUCUAUCGUUUCUCAAACCACGGAGGUUACGACAACUGAAACAGAGACCCGCUUGACUGAAGAACCUGAAGAUCAGAAACCUUUAGAAGAAAAACCGAAAAAGCAGAAAGCAAAGAAGGAAAAGAAAUCCAAGGUGGUUUUAGUUUCAGAACCCAACGUUGAGUCCGCAGUUCCUGAAGCCAUUGUUGAACCCACUGUUGAAAUGACUUUUGUUCAAGAACCAGUGGUUGAGGUCACCACAAUUGUUGAGAACGUAACGCCUGAGAUACAACCGGAACCCACUCCAGUUAGUGAGGAACUCCCAUCGCAACCACUAUCAUGGUCGUCUAUCGUUUCUCAAACCACGGAGGUUACGACAAAUAUAACAGAGACCCGCUUGACUGAAGAACCUGAAGAUCAAAAACCUUUGGAAGAAAAACCGAAAAAGCAGAAAGCAAAGAAGGAAAAGAAAUCCAAGGUGGUUGUAGUUUCAGAACCCAAUGUUGAGUCCGCAGUUCCUGAAGCCAUUGUUGAACCCACUGUUGAAGUGACUUUUGUUGAAGAACCAGUGGUUGAGGUGACCACAAUUGUUGAGGAAGUACCGCCUGAGAUACAACAGGAACCCACUCCAGUUAGUGAGGAAGUCCCAACGCAACCACUAUCAUGGUCGUCUAUCGUUUCUCAAACCACGGAGGUUACGACAAAUAUAACAGAGACCCGCUUGACUGAAGAACCUGAAGAUCAAAAACCUUUGGAAGAAAAACCCAAAAAGCAGAAAGCAAAGAAGGAAAAGAAAUCCAAGGUGGUUGUAGUUUCAGAACCCAACGUGGAGUCCGCAGUUCCUGAAGCCAUUGUUGAACCCACUGUUGAAGUGACUUUUGUUCAAGAACCAGUGGUUGAGGUCACCACAAUUGUUGAGGAAGUAACGCCUGAGAUACAACAGGAACCCACUCCAGUUAGUGAGGAAGUCCCAUCGCAACCACUAUCAUGGUCGUCUAUCGUUUCUCAAACCACGGAGGUUACGACAAAUAUAACAGAGACCCGCUUGACUGAAGAACCUGAAGAUCAAAAACCUUUGGAAGAAAAACCCAAAAAGCAGAAAGCAAAGAAGGAAAAGAAAUCCAAGGUGGUUGUAGUUUCAGAGCCCAACGUGGAGUCCGCAGUUCCUGAAGCCAUUGUAGAACCCACUGUUGAAGAACCAGUGGUUGAGGUGACCAAAGUUGUUGAUAAAGUAACACCUGAGAUACAACCGGAACCCACUCCAGUUAGUGAGGAAGUCCCAACGCAACCACCAUCAUGGUCGUCUAUCGUUUCUCAAGCCACAGAAGUCACCACAAACGUAACAGAGACUCACAUGACUGAUGAAGCUAAGGAUCAGAAACCUGUAAUGGAAAAACCGAAAAAACAAAAGACUAAGAAGGAAAAGAAAACCAAGGUUCACAGUGUUGAAGAGCUAAUGGAGUCUAAUAUUCCGGUGUCCGUUGCUGAACCGCUUGUUGGAUUGAGCAUUGUUCAAGAAGAUGUAGCUCCAAAAACUGAAACGCAUACCUUGUCAUGGUCGUCUAUUGUUGCCCAGUCUGUUGGGGUUCCACAAGCAAUUCCGAUGCAUGUUGAAUCAAAAUCGGGAGAUAUUCAAAACUUUAUUGCCCAGGAGCAGAAUUUCUCUACGGUUGUGAAUGAUACAGCCAAAAAUCUGAAACCCAAAAAGGAAAAGAAAAUAGUGCAGCCUAUUCAACAGCCAACCGCAGAAAUCGUUUCUGUUCCCAAUGUCCACAUGCGACAGAGAGAAACUGAUGCAGUACCUGAGCCACAAACUUUGUCUUGGUCGUCAAUCGUUUCGCAUAACAUCGAUUUGACUCCAACGUUUACUGAAAACCGAGUCAUUGAAACCGUCGAUGAGAUCGUGAGGCCAGCGGACGUUCAAGACAGCAUUCCUCAAGAAAGCGAACUUCCCGUUCAUGUUGGUGAAAAGAAACAAAAGCCUAAAAAGGAGAAGAAACAUAAACAAAAUAUUGAGACUUCUGUUGUAUUCGAAAAGAUUCCCGAAACUGAAUGCGUUUCUCGGUCUUCAACACCUGAAUUCAACAUUCAGUUGCCGGCACCAACCAAACCAUCAGUGUGGUCAUCAUUAGACACCUAUGCCGAAGUUGUUAAGAAGUCGGGCUACACCAAUAAUACAAACAUUAAAUAUCAGAAAAUUGAGACGAGCGAACCAAUCAAGAGUGAACCAAAACAUUUAAAUGACGAAGUACAGACACAUGAAGAUCUUCUGGAGUUCCCGGACCCUAUCCUUCCCGCAAUUGAAGGAGAUGAACCACACGACUAUAUCGAAAAACCCUCUCAGUUAUCGUGGAAGGACCUUGUAGAUGAGGAUGAUGUGGUGGAGUCUUGGUAUAAGGAAGAACCAGCUUCAGUAGAAACAAAGCCUCAAGAACCAGUACAGGAAAGACAUUCAAGAGUCAGCGUAAAGCCGCAAAUUCGAAUUACCGAGGUAGUUACUGAAAAUCAACUGCAAUCCGAGACUGACCAAGAAUUCUUGGAAAUUACUUCAAAGAAACGAAAUCGCUCACGCUCUCGUUCGCAACAGUCACAGACUUCUAACUUCGAUGAAAAGCCUCAAAAGAAAAAAUCAAAGAAACCGAAAAAUAAGGUACCUAAAGCACCAACUCAACAGCCUACGGAAACUCCGGAGGAUGUUCAGCCCCCUAAGGAAACUGUAAUAUUUGUAGAAGAAAAGAGUGCUUUAGUACAAAGAAGGGAACCGUCUCCAUCCCCAGCUCCUUCUCCUUAUAACUCUGGUAUGUCAUGGGCUGCGAUAGCCGCCCAUAAUGUGCCAGAACCUGUUCAACAUAUUCGACCCCUUCAAGUUGAGUCCAAACCAACUAUCGUUGAAGAUGUAAGGAAAUCAACAAAAGAGCACACAGUAAACAUUCCAAUCACUUUUGAAACCAAUGAGGCGAAGACUAAAAAGCCGAAGCCAAAAUCUAAGCGAAAGUUGCCCAGCGAUGUGGUUGAUUUUAUUAAUGCAGAAAAAUCUGGUCAUCAAGUGGUUGCCUCUAAACCUGAUAAAGAAUCUAAUUUGGGUCCUCAACCUUCACCUAAAAUAGUUGUCGAAACUGGAUCUGUAAUAGUUGAAGAUGUCAUUAAUACUUUACCAUCGAUGGAAAUAAAAACUCCUCUUGCACCUUUUGAAAUUGUUGCCGAGCCUGAAGAUGAACCAGUUUCUGAGUCACAUAAGGAAGUAAUUCUUGUCCAAGAAGUUUUAAAGGACGAGCCAAUUGUUGAACCUACGACUGUGGACGCAUCCAAGACCAUUACAACAGUUACCACCACAACAACAACUACCGAAACCAUUGGCGAACUUGCUAUUCCCGAGGAACCCAAGCAAGCAGUAGAACCGGUGAAGAUACCUGAAGAACCCAAAAAGCCAGCGUAUGCCGGUCUUCCCGUCGAUGACACUUCAAGCUCAUGGAUGGAUGUCUUGGAUGAACCCAUGAACUUCUCUGACGAUGAAGAAGAACCAGUUCCUCAGCAGCAAAAGGAUGAUACUCUUGUCGAAGAAGAUGUCGAGGUUAAGCCAAUUGUUGAAGAUUCGGCUGUGAACGAGUCCAAGACCAUUACAACAGUGACCACCACAACAACAACUACCGAAACCAUUGGCGAACCUGCUAUUUCCGAGGACACCCUGAAAGUUGAAGGAACAGUGGUCAAAUUUGACGAACCAACAAAACCACAUACUGAAGUAACACCUAUCGAGACACCCCUGGCACCCUUUAAAGAUGUAGCAGAAAAUAACACUCAGAUUGUAGAUGCAGUUGAUGUGGUUCAAAAACCAGUCGAAACGGUUCAUAUAUCUGCAGACUCUGUGACUACUGAAACCGAGAACACUCCUCUGGCGCCUUUCAAAGUAAUUCCUGAAACUAAAGAAGAACCAGUUCCUGAGCAGCAAAAGGAAGAUACUCUUGUCGAAGAAGAUGUCGAGGUCAAGCCAAUUGUUGAAGAUUCGGUUGUGGACGAGUCCAAGACCAUUAGAACAGUGACCACCACAAUAACAACUACCGAAACCAUUGGCGAACUUGCUAUUCCCGAGGAACCCAAGCAAGUAGUAGAACCGGUGAAGAUACCUGAAGAACCCAAAAAGCCAGCGUAUGCCGGUCUUCCCGUCGAUGAAUCUUCUAGCUCGUGGAUGGAUGUCUUGGAUGAACCCAUGAACUUCUCUGACGAUGAAGAAGAACCAGUUCCUGAGCAGCAAAAGGCAGAUACUCUUGUCGAAGAAGAUGUCGAGGUUAAGCCAAUUGUUGAAGAUUCGGUUGUGGACGAAUCCAAGACCAUUACAACAGUGACCACCACAAUAACAACUACCGAAACCAUUGGCGAACAUGCUAUUCCCGAGGAACCCAAGCAAGUAGUAGAACCGGUGAAGAUACCUGAAGAACCCAAAAAGCCAGCGUAUGCCGGUCUUCCCGUCGAUGACUCUUCUAGCUCGUGGAUGGAUGUCUUGGAUGAACCCAUGAACUUCUCUGACGAUGAAGAAGAACCAGUUCCUGAGCAGCAAAAGGCAGAUACUCUUGUCGAAGAAGAUGUCGAGGUUAAGCCAAUUGUUGAAGAUUCGGUUGUGGACGAAUCCAAGACCAUUACAACAGUGACCACCACAAUAACAACUACCGAAACCAUUGGCGAACUUGCUAUUCCCGAGGAACCCAAGCAAGUAGUAGAACCGGUGAAGAUACCUGAAAAACCCAAAAAGCCAGCGUAUGCCGGUCUUCCCGUCGAUGACACUUCAAGCUCAUGGAUGGAUGUCUUGGAUGAGCCAAUGAACUUCUCUGAUGAUGAAGAGGAACCAGUUCCUGAGCCCCAAAAGGAUGAAACUCUUGUCGAAGAAGUAGUCGAGGUUAAGCCAAUUGUUGAAGAUCCGGCUGUGAACGAGUCCAAGACCAUUACAACAGUGACCACCACAACAACAACUACCGAAAUCAUUGGCGAACCUGCUAUUUCCAAGGACCCCCUGAAAGUUGAAGGAACAGUGGUCAAAUUUGACGAACCAACAAAACCACAUACUGAAGUAACACCUAUCGAGACACCCCUGGCACCCUUUAAAGAUGUAGCAGAAAAUAACACUCAGAUUGUAGAUGCAGUUGAUGUGGUUCAAAAACCAGUCGAAACGGUUCAUAUAUCUGAGGACUCUGUGACUACUGAAACCGAGAACACUCUUCUGGCGCCUUUCAAAGUAAUUCCUGAUUCACCUGCAGACGAUGCGUUUAUAUGUGAGACAUCCUACUGGUCAGCAACUCUCAAGCCAGGUCAAAAACCUGCAAUCGACACAAGAGAAGAGGAAAGGCAACACAUUGAAGUAGCUAUUCCUGACGAUUUAGGUAUUGCUGAAGUCGCGGUGCAGUCACCCACUGAUCAGCCAACAACAUGGUCAGCAAUUGUCCAAACCGAGACCACUGUGUUCCCAGCACCAGAUGUACAGAAGGACAAUGAAAAGGCGCCUGAUUGGUCCACUGUUGUUGUGAGCAAAACUACCGACUUCCAGGAGCCAAGGCCUCUAAAGAAUGUGGUAGAUUCGGAGAACAUAACGACAACGACAACAACAUAUGUCACCACAACGGUGACCACACAUAAGGAUACACCCAUUGUGGAGGAUGAACAUCCGCCUGCAAAAUCUUAUGUGUCCACCGUGGUAACCAGCCAUAAAAAUGAACUAGAUUUGGAACCAGAACCUGUCGAACUAAAUAAACCGGAGAACCUUAUCGAUAAUCUCCAUCGCGAGGCCUUCAAAGUACAUCCCCAAUACGAACUCUUGCACGGACAAUAUCAACAACUGAAGGUGGUAAAUAUAAUGAAAGAACCGUGCAUAGAGGAAUCCAAAGAAGAUGUUCCUUUGGUAGAAGAUUAUGUGAUAAUUGAACCCGAAGCGAUACCUGAAAUCAAUUCCGAAAUCCUUGCUCUUAAUCUUUAUCUUGACCAAACCAAUAUAUUGCCCAAGUCUCGUAUUGAUGUCGACACCAUUAGUCAGUUGCUCACCCUUGAAAAGUCAGGUCAUCCUAUUGUAGAAAAAGAACCUGUUCAGGUGGAAACUAAGAGCGUAGAAAUUCUUGUCGAGAAAUCCACUGUACAAUCGCCUAUUGAACCCAUAACUGUCGAGCCCCUUGUCGUUGAAACACCUCAAUCCCCGACAGAACCCAGUAGACUACUCUGGAACCUCAGUCAAGAUGAUUUCGUUCAACUCAUCAAUCACUAUAGGCAAUCGGCAGGCAAUGCUUACGCAUUGUUGCCAAGGACAACCACAGACGAGACGAAAGCUCAGGAAACUCAAGACGAUAAGCAAAAGACUGACGACAUUACAGAAACUGUAGUGAUAACCACGACGACCACGAUAACCGAUCGCGUUGUAGAAAAGACUGAACCAGAAGCAUCGUCAUUACCAAUCAUUCCUACCGCCCAGCCAUUGACGGCACCAUCGGUUGGCAACCUCGAGCAGUUGCGUCUGAAUCUGCAUCUGGACGAUUGGCAGCCAGCUGGUGUCGAUGCAGAUCUGGCCGACGACUUGUUCGACGGACUCAAACGUGCUGAUGUCGCCAGUAGCGAAGCGGAACUCGACAAAGACAAGAACCAGGAGCAACAACCUGACGGUGAUCCUAAAAAGCCUGAUGGUGUUACUGGAAUACCAGACAAGGACGAUCAUGACAGUGACGAUGAUGACGACGACGACGAUGACGACGAAGAGGGAGGUAAGCCGACUGUGCCAGAAAUUCGCAAGCCGAACGACGACGAUGAUAAACCGAACGACAAGGAUCCUGGUAGCGGUAGUAGUGGUAAUGUGACCCCCACGCCCGAGCACGAUGCCCAGUACGGUCAGAACCGUAGCUGUUCAUCGGAGUAUAGGUCCACCGAUCUGCCGGGCGGUGUGGGUCAUUGGCGGGACGACAGUACUUAUCUGGCUCUGGAAGCCGAACAGCCUCAGGUUAAGCUAGAGUGUGAACCACCGGCACCCACUGUAUCGGGUGUUGAAUCUGUACUAACCGAAACUAAUGCCACAUGUCCCGCCCCCGCCCCCGCCCCCGACACCGUCGCAGCCCCUGAAACCAGUCCCAGUACAACUACUAGUUCCCUUAACGUUACAAACGCACUAAUCCAAUUGGCAAGCGCCACAACUCACACGCUGUCCGCCAAGGCGAACGCAGCAGCAACAGCCACACACGCAGCAGCGCUGGCAGCAACCAGUGCGCUACUUCCGGUUGCAACGGCCGUAGUCGAUAAGCUAACGACGACGACAACAGCACCAGUGGAGACACCAGCAGCAGCAGCAGCAGCGGAUGUUGCUGCCGUAGAGCCCGAUGUUGCACAUGCAACACAGGCAGCCGCAGCAGCAGCAACUCCGGCAGCAACUCACACCGAAACGACAACAACCAGCAGCAGCAGCGAAGAGGAGGUGGCAUCGCCCACCGAAAAUACUGGUGCGGUACGACGCACCACCACAACAACCACAACCGUAACGACAACAACCACAGUUGAAACGCCAUCGACAACUAGCAACACAACGACCACGACAACAACCACAAGCAGCAACGAUCUGCAACAGCAACGCCAGAAGGAUCUAAUUACGCAAGAGCUCGACGAACUGCUCCAAUCGCUUUCGAGCGUCGAGGAUGGCAUCGCCAACAUGAACCAGAGCAGCCUGGAUGGCAUGCUGCACGGAUUGAAGCUAAUCCAGAGCAAUCUCGAAGUACACGAAAGGGACGCCAUCGAGUUGAAGAACCAGGCAAAGACAUUGCCCACGGAUCCGGCUACCGAGCGUUUGCUCAACGACACCGUGGACCGCAUUGACUUACUACUACGCCGCACCCAGCAAGGCAUCACCAUGAUAGCGAAUGCCAUGCAUGGUCAGAAGAAGCGCCAGCAGGAGAUCGACGAGUACCAGCAACAUCUGCUGGAGCUGGAGCAGUGGAUCAUCGAGGUUUCCGCCGAACUGGCUUCCUUUGAACCCAACGCGGACAGCAGCACGGAUGAGCAGGUGCUCAAGUCGCAGGUGGAGAGGAGCCAGCAGUUGCUGCGCACCCUCAAGGAUCGCCAGCAGUCCAUGGAGGAUUUGGUGGAACAGACGCGUCAGCUGCAAUCCCAUCCCGAUGUUGCGCCCCUGGCGGACACGCUGAUGGAGCAGUUGCAGAGCAUCAUUACCAUUCUGCGGGAACAGGUCACAGUGGCCACCAAGCGCAUCUUCACCAUUGAAAAGCGCAUCGUGGAUUUGCGAAAGGCCAAGAGCGAGGAGGCGCAACGGCAGCGUGUCCUGGCUGAUUCACUCAUCAAGCCACCAACAGAAGUUCCAGCGCAUCCGGCGGAUCCAGCGGCGCAUGAAUCCAUCGAGUCCAACGAGAACACCAUCGACUCGAGCUCCAUGCCCGAAGAGGAGAUCAAGCCGACUGGAGUGUAUGUGGAGACACAGACAUCGCUCAGCCUGCAGCAGCCCCCGGCUCAGGUGGUGACCACCACGACCGUGGAGGCGCAGACCAGCUUCAAGGAGCCAGCUGUGGAGACCGCAGAGGUGGCUCUGCAAACCCAGAAGGAGCGUUCGCCCACCGAGAACAUUAUGGUAACGCAAACGGUGCAGCAUGGCCAGGAAACGAUCCAGAUCGACACGACUCGCAACAAGGAUGUGCCCGAUGAGCCCGAGGAUGUGCAGAUUGAGGCUCGCUACCAUCAGCGACCUAAGGGCGAUGUGGAUCGCGCCACCGAGCUGAUCCUCAAAAAUGUACCUCAAGCAUUCGAGACCACUUUCGUGGAGCCAGAUGACACUACCACCGAGGUGAUUGUAGGACCCGAUGGCACCAAGCACAUAGUGCUCAAGAAAGUAACCCGAACCCGCCAGCAAGUUGUGCAGCAGCAGCAGAUCAGCUCGAUUGAGACAAUUAGCGAUUCGGAUGGUAACAUUGAGGUUCACUCCACGGGUCAGAUUAAUUUGGAGAAUGUGCACACCACGGACACCAAAGCCGAUCCGGCGGAGGGCAGUGUCCACACAGUAAUCACACAGCAAACGCGUGGUGCUGUUGUGGAUUCAUCGCAGCCCGAGGGCGUGAUUCUGCAGGAAUUCGAGACCGAGCCCACUAUUGAGACUUACGAAGAAGUGAUUACCCCAGGCUCCCAGGCGCCACUGAUUCCACUGCAGCCAGGAGAUGUGCAAACCCAAGGCACCAUCCGAGCAGUAGUGCAGCAGGUGACCCGUAAGGUGAUCCGCAAGACGCGCAAGAUUAUCAAGCGGGUGGUGAUCAUCGACGGAAAGGAACACAUCACUGAGGAAGUGGUCGAGGAGCCCGAGGAAGUGGAGAUCACAGAGGAGGAGACGGCGCCGCACAUCAACGUAAACAUUGUGCGAACCGUUGACGGAAAGGUGGUCAGCGAGGAGGAGUUCCAGCGACUGAUGCAGGAGCCCGGAGUUCUAAUCGAAGAAGUUGCCACGGAUCUGCAAAAGCCGACAGCAGAACCGCAGCAAGAGGUAUUUGAUAUUGAGUCCACCCAAGUCACAACCACCACAAGAACAACAACCGCAACCACACAAGAACAAGAACCAGAACAACCAGAACAACAGACACAACCAACAACAGAAACGACUAGAGAAGCACCAGUAGAGUUGCCAGCACCUCAAGUAGAUGUUGAACAACCCGUAGUAGUUGCCACUACCAGUCCCGUUCAUGUUCCAGCUGCGGAUGUAGUCGAGCCCAGCGACUCCUCGCCGACUGCAGCAGUCGAAGCAGUCGAAGCAGUGGUUGAAGAUAUCAACGAGAUUUGGCCACUGGAACAUCACCUCAAACCCACCAACAUUGACUUCUCCCAGCACGCCGAAGAAUUGGCAGCACCAGCGGCCACAGUUGAGGCUGAGGCCUCCAUGCCAGUAGAGGAAAUUUGGCCGACAAGUCCAGAAACCGGCAACUCAUUGACCCUGGAGCACUAUGAGUUCGAGCCACAAUCACCUCCUGAAGAGAGCACAAAAUCUGAUCUAGUUAAGCCCCAAGAGACUGAACCGCAAGCUGCUGCUGAAACUCAGCCAGAAGCCAUUACCACUGGAAGUAUUACCAUUACCAAGACGACAACCACCAUCACAAGCUCCACAGAAUUGCCGGAGGAAACUCCUGCCCACAAUUUGCCUGCAGAUGAACAACAGCCUCCUGCAUCUAAUAUCAAGACUGACAUUCAAAGUUUCCUUGAAGCCGAACAGACUUUGGCCGCAGCUCUAAAGGAGCAGUCUUCAACUCCGACUGAAGCUUCGGUGGUUGAAGAUGUGCAGGCUCAGCCGGAGGAAAUUGUUCUGGAGGAGAGGACGGUGGAGAUUUCAACCAUCAAGACUGAAGAGAAUCAAGAACCGCCAGUUACAGUGGAGGAAGUGAAAUCACCGCCAGCAGAGCCCGUAUCGGUGGCUCCAGAGCUGGAGCAAGUAACCACUGACAUUGUUGAGCCCGAAGAGCUCGUUGUUGGGAAACAACCAGCUCCUGGUCAAAUCGAUCUGCGAGCCGCCACGCAACUCUUCAUCUCUGGAGAGGCCGCAGCCUCAGCGGCGCCACAGAAAACCUUCCAAAUCACAGCACCCUCUCUGGAGGACAAUGGCGCUGGUGUGCUGAAGGUUGUCCUGGGCACGGAAAGCACCAACGAAGAGGAUGCCGCAUCUCCCACCACCGGCAAGGUUAGCAUGACCAUCAUUGAGACCGCAGCUGCUCCCGUCGCCGACGCCAAGCGGCGUCGAAAGAAAAAGAAGAGAAGAGAUACCAAACACGAGGAGGAGCUCGAGCAAGAACAGGAGACUGAGCCGGAAGCCAUUGGCGUUAAGGAGCCUGAGGUGAGCUCUGAUGUGCCCGUUUCUCCGGAGGAUUCACCACGCGAUGCCGUGCGUCAUGAGUCCAUUGCUGAGAUCAGUCCCGAUAGCGAUUUGUCCAGCAUUGAGACUGACACGAAGGUGAAGAUUGUGGAGGAUGCCGUUGUUUCCUCAUCAUCGGAGUCGCCACGUGCGCCAAUGGUUGAGCUGGUCAUUCCCACUGAGGUGGUUGAGUUGGCUUUGGUCGAGGACGAGGAACAACAGACAACACCGCGUGUUCCCUCGCCCACUGAAAAGCCGGAAGUCGAACAGGAUAUUAAAUCCGUGCAAACUUCGCCGCAGCAUCAACCCAAGCUGGACGAGACUGCAGUGCAGACGAGUCUGGAGGUGCAGCCGGACAACCAGGAGAAUGAAUCGCAAACCCUGAUUGUUGAGAUAACGGAGACUGAAGCACAAACCACUCCGCGCAAUGAGGAGCAGCCGGUGGUCGUGGAGAUAUCCACCACUGAGAUGCAAACCGAUGUGAGUGGCCAGCCAGCUGAAACGGUAGAGAUCUCCAGCCAAACUACCGUGACCACCACCAUCGAGAAGGAGCUGCAGACCACUCCAAAGGACUCUCCUCGCGCACCAGAGGCAGGCAGCAGUGACGUGGUGGAAUCUCUGGUGCAGGAUUUGGUCAAGGAUAUGACUACCGAUCUGCCAGUUCGCACAAGCGAACAAUCUACCGUGACUGAAACCACCACAACCACGGAGACCCAUGUCCAGACAACCACUCCGGAGCCAAGGGAACAAGCGGAAGUCAUUAAACCAGGAGCUGUCCAUGAAGAGACCUCAACCGUGGAACUUGUGCAGGUGGCUGAUGGUGAGAUGCAAACCACGCCCCGUGGCGAUGAGCAACCCGUUUCGUUGGAUGAUAACUCUCUGACAGCCACUUCGAUUUCCGUCUCGGAGCCCUACGAACUGGAGGUCAAGACCACUGUGGCCAUUCCCGCUGAUUCGGAUACAUCCGUGGCGGAGCCGACGGUCUAUGAAUACACGCAGACCAUGCAGCUGCCCAAGCAGGACAAAAAGUCCAAGAAGGACAAGAAAAAGAAGCAGAAUGUGCCUGAAGUGGAGCAGCAGCUGCCAGAGGAGCCACAGAUCAGUGUGACCGUUGAAAUCGCACCGGAGCUGCUAACAGAGUCAGGUAUUGUGGUAUCCACCAACCAGCAGAUUGAAGAUGUGCCUCAUGUGACACCCGUGGUAGAGACUCCCAUCGAAUCCGAAGAUGUGGAAGCGCCCAAAUCUCAAAGAGUUCAGCUUCAAAUCACCAAGACCACUGUCUACGAUGAGUACCCCGAUCUGCCAGUGCACAUUACUGAGCAGAACAAGGUACUGAUUGCGUCCCAGCAGAGCAAACGAUCCGGAGCAGGACACACGUCCUCAGCGGUGACCAUCGAAGAGGUGGGCUCACCCACGGAGGAGCUGGUGGUGCCCAUCACCCCGGGACCGGACAAUCUGAGUGGCGAGCCCCACAACAUUUGGUUCAGUGCCACCACCAGUGUGGAUAAGACACCCAUUGAACUCUCCCAGGCUCUGAUUAUGAGCGAGAGCUUGCAGCACUAUCCGGGACAACAGCAACUGACCCAGCAGCCAAUCCUGAUUUCCACCAAGGAGGCCAUCGGUGACCGCAUCAAGCAGCUCAAGCAGGCGUCGCCCCAACAAGCCACUCCACUGAGCAAUGUGCUCCACUUGGCCACCUUGUCUGAACAGAUUAAGGAACUGCCCACUGAGCAACGCAUCCUGGAGGUCAACGAAGGUCUGCAGGAUCUCGAUGCUGCCAUUAAAAAUGGUGACAAGACUGUGAUUCAAACCACUGUGAUCACGGUCAUCGAGAAGGUAUCAACUUGGUUGGAAACCAUCGAAUACCGCGUGUACCUCAUCAGGCAAAACUCCAACGAGGGACCCUCCGAGGAGAAGCUGGACAACUACAACCAACUCAACGACGAGCUUAGCACCAUCAAGCAAAAUGUCGGCCAACUCGAGCGACAAUUGUCCAAGACCGAACCGGAACCAGAGUUGCUGCAAUGCGUGGAUAGCCUGAAGGAGCAUGUGGAUGCAGUGGAGCAGGUGACACAGCAGAACCAGGUGCAGGACAGCAAUGAUCUGGAGAAGUGGCACAGCUUCGAGGCACUUCUGUACAACGUGUCCUCCGUUUUGGCCGAGCUGCAGCAGAGCUACGAUCUUCUGAUCAAUCAGGAGUAUCCCUUGUCCGCCAAACUAGCCCAGUUGGACGAGUUGGAGCAGCAGCAUGAGGCGGCACAGCAGCAGCUUGCGCAGCUCUGUCAAAAUGCCCGAGCCUUCCAGCGCGACUUCCCAGGCAAGAAGAUGCCGCAGGAUGUGCACAAUGCCUUCGAGACCAGCAAGAAUAUUGCCAACAACAUUCAGGCGGAGCGGGAGCGCGUCCUUCAACUUCAAUCGCUGGCGGAGGAGUACGAGCAGACCCUCAAAGAGUUCACCAAAAUCACGGUUCUGGCCGACAAGCUGGUGGAGAGCCCAAUAGUUUCCAGUUCCCUCGAGCAGCUAAACAACGAGGUGCAGAAGCAGAGGAAGUUCUUCGUAAAUCUCAGCCACUGUCGUGCCAUGUUGGAAUCCCUGGAGGAGAACAUCGACAGUGAGACCCGCGAGAAGCACUCGGAGCUGCACAAGGAGCUCUACAACAGGGCUACCAGUCUGCUGGACAAGGCAUCCGAAAGGUCCUCCAAACUGGUGCAAGCUGCCUCCCGCUGGACUGUGCUGGAGAAGGGCAUGCGGGAUGAACUACAGUGGCUCCAGGUGGCUCAGCAACGAGUUCCCGACCUGUCUGCCGUAACCUCCGCGGACUACGAUCAGUAUACCACCCUGUACCAAUCCCUGAGCAAUGACAUCUCACAUCACUAUGUGAAAAUGACACAGCUUUCGGGAAUCGCCAACAAGUUGCAGCAUUUGGUGCAGGCGCCCAAUCUCGUGGAGGAAACCAAUGAGGCACUGAUAGUGCUACUCAAACUGCGCGAGGAAGUUGCUCUCUACCUUCACCGCCUUCUGGUCUUCAAGGAAAUCUGGGUGCAGUACGAACAGCAAACGGAUAAGCUGGAGGCCUUUGUGCGCGAGGCGGAGCAGGAACUGAGGAACAUUCAGAUACCCUCGCAGCCCACUCACCAGCCCAUCGAGCACAUGCGUCAAUUCUGGGAGAUCAAGGCCCGUUUCGAGCUGCACAAUAAUGUGAGAACCGAUACGGGUCUGAGCUUUGAGAAGUCCCUGCAGGUCAUCCCGUUGGCCGACGAGAUGCUUCAGCGGCAGUUCCAUGCCCAGCUGGAGGAUCGCUGGCAGGCCGUGGCCCAGGCCAUCGAGCUCAUCCAGCACAACAUUGUGGAGUGCCUGUCGUCGGAGGAUGUGCCCGCGGACGAGAAACUCAAAAUGGUGGAGCGAGAGCUGCAGGAGAUCUACCUGACCAUGACCAGCAUGAAGGGUGUCAUCAAGAACGAGGAGGAGCUCUGCCUGUACAUCGAGCGAGUCCAAGUACUUCGCACUCGCGUCGGAUUCAUUGGCAACGAGCUGGGCAGGAUUGGACUGCAGGAGCCCGCCAUUGAGCCGGAAAAAGUGGGUGAGCUGUUCUCGCUCUCCCACAAGAUAAGCACCCAGAUUGCCGAGGAGCUGGAGGGUGCAUCUGUGCUGCGCGACCAGCUGCAGGCCAUCCAGGAGGGCAUUAGCAAUCAACGCAAGCACCAGGCCAAGAUCUCGGUCAUACUGGAUGAAUGUGAAGCCGCCGAGCGCCAGGGAGCAGAUGUCCUCGAAAAGGCCGUCGCCGAUUGCCAGGCCGCCGGCGAGGAGCUGGUGAUCAGCUGGCAGGAGAUCAUGCGCAUCCGCCAGAUGCUCCACACCCUGCCCAUGCGCCUCAAGAUGUCCGUUUCGCCGGUCAAGUUGGAGAGGGACAUCUCCCAACUGCAGGACGACCACGCCUUCCUCGAGAGCAAGUGCACCAACAUUAUGGCCAUCCUGCGAAGCCGACUGGCCGUCUGGCUGCGCUAUGAGCGUCAGCUGGAGUUGGUCCACGGAUCCGUGCAGGAAACCGAUUUCAUGAUGGAGCUCAUCCGGGUGCACGGUCAAGUCGACUACGAGCGCCUUCGCAAGGCCACGGAACGUUUGGAGGGACUGGCUGGCGAUCUACAGAACCGCGAGCAACUGAUCGAUGAGCUGAAGGGCGCCGCCAAGCCGCUGAUCGAGAGCUGCGAUGUCCAGAUUGUGGAGCAGAUCGAGUCCGCUGUCCAGGAGGCGGUAGUCGCCUGGAAUGACACCAGCGAGAACCUGCAGCAGCUGCGAACCCGCUACCAAAGAGCCGUCGAACUGUGGGACAAGUACCGCAACGCCUCCGCGGCCGUUAAGAGCUCCAUUGACCAGCAGAUGGAUACGGUCAAGUCGCUGGAGCAGCCCCUGGAUGCCCUGCAGCACGCCAAGGUGUGCCAAGACAACCUGACGACCCAGAAUGACAGAAUCUUGGAGCUGCGCGACAUUGUGGCCAAGAUCGCCGCCGAUGUGGGCCUGGAUGCCUCGGCCCUCAUGCAGGGCGAGCUGGACGCACUGGGCCAGCGGUUGGCCGAGUGCAAGGAUGCCAUCACCACGCUGGCCAACGUGGCCGAGACGCAGGACAAGGAGCGCAAGGAGCUCGACAAGGAGGUGACUCUGGCCAAGGCCUACUUCAGCAAUGUGCAGCAGGACAUGGCCCGAGAGGCACCACAAACGCCCAAGGAGAGCGAGGAGCAGCUGGCCGCUUUGCGAGCGCAUCUCCAGACUUUGGCGCGAACGGAAGAGCAGCUGCGUCAGCUGAAGGAGCGCCAUCAGAACAGCGAAGUGGCGCCAUCGGUGGCCGGCAGCGAUGAUGACGGCAUCCUGGAGGUUCUGGCCCUGUGGCAGAAGAUAUUCCAGGACACCUUCCAGGAGUACCAUCGCCUGUCCACGCGACUCGCCCGCAGCCAAAACAGUUCGGAGGCACUGCGAUUGUGGCGGCAGUACCUGCAGCACGUCCAGUCCUUCCUGUCCUGCGCCAUACCCGAGGAUUACAGCAGCCUGCGUGAGCAGCAGCAGCUGUGCGCCAUUCACCAGAACCUGCUCAUCUCGCAGCAGAGUGUGCUUUCCGAAACGCCACUGGAAUCGGAGCUAUCGGAGCAGUACAAGGCACUGACCAACCUGCACAAUGAAACCCUCUCGCGGAUCAUGCAGCGAAAUGGUGAGCUGGAACGGCGGGUGAGUGGCUGGAAUGCCUACCGCCAGCAGCUGGCGGCCCUCUUGGACUGGCUGCGUCAACGGGAAGCGGAGCGCAAUGCCCUCCAACUGCGCUACAUUCACCUGAAGCGAGUGCCCCACCUGAAGCACCGCUUGGAUGCGAUGAUUCAGCAGCUGGAGCAGGGAGAACAGCAGAGCAAGGCAUUGCAGGAGCAGCAGCAGGAGCUGGCCAGGCACUGUGACGACGCGCUGGCCACCGCCAUGCGAAUGGAGCAGGCCAGCAUUGGCCAGCGAAUCAGCAAUCUCCGUGCGGCGCUCAAGACCUGGCAAGGAUUCCUGCAGCGCGUCACCCAGCUAUCGGACAGCUACGAGCAGCGAGUGAACCAGUUGCAGCAGGAAUUCGGCGCAGCUCAGAAGCUCUUGGAUGCCAACAGCGAAUCCCUGCCCACUCAACCGGCGGCCAUUGAGCAACUUCUGGGAUCCCUACGUGCGCAGAGGGUCCAACUUGGUGCCCAAGUCUCCGCGCUGGAGAGUCUCACUGUGACCCAGGAGGAGCUCAAGGAGUGCAUCAGUCCCCACGACAUGAAGACCAUUCGCCAACGGAACUGGCUGCUCUGGCAGCAGCACGCCGAUCUGGACUACCAGCUGGCCAACCUGAUCAACUCCAUUGAGGAGCGGCUUUCCCUACUGUCCAACUAUCAAAUCCGAUACGAUCGCAUCUCCCAGUGGCUGCAGCGUUUGGAGCAGCGUGUGGAAAAGGAGGCUGAUGUCACUGCCAUGACGAAUCCCGAACAGGCAGCCAAGCAGCUGGAGCAGCAAGUAAACUCCGAGCUGCAGCUGAGGGACAAGGAACGCGAGUGGCUGCUAUCCACCAGCAGGGAACUGCUCAGCCUCUACUCCGAGCCAGAAGUGCGAUCCCAGGUGCAGCAGCAGAGUGACUCCCUCAUCGAUCGCUGGCAGCGUCUCAAGUAUUUGGCCAAGCAGAAGGCCACCAAGAUAGGCGAGCUGAAGAUGACACUUCUCCGGCUGGAGGAGCGAAUCGCCCUGAUUCGCGCCUGGCUCUUCGAAGUGGAGUCCCAACUGGACAAACCCCUGAGCUUCGAGAGCUACACACCGAAUGUGAUCGAGGCCAAGCUAAAGGAGCAUGAGCAAAUCCAGCGCUCCAUUGAGCACCACAGCAGCAAUGUGGGCGAGGUCCUAAAUCUCGUAGAGAUGCUCCUCAACGACGCGGACAGCUGGCGCACGCAGGUGAACACUUCCGGACUAGCUGCAUCAGCUCAGAAUCUGGAGCAGCGCUGGAAGAAUGUGUGCAGCCAGUCGGCGGAACGCAAGGCUCGCAUCCUGACCAUUUGGAAUCUUCUCCAGCAGCUCAUCAAGCUCACUGCCGAGCACAAAAACUGGCUGGGAAAACAGGAAAGCCAAAUUGCCGGCUUUGAGCGAGAUCAGAAGUCCCACAGCAAGCCUAAGCUGGAGGAGCGCCAGCAGGAACUGAGAGCCAAGCUGGAGGAGCUGGAAAGCCAGUCGGUGAAUCUUCGCCAGCUGGAGCAGAUCUAUGCCAAGCUGACCAUGAGCGCUGGCGUGGAGCCGGAGAACAUCCAGAAACUGACACUGCCCACCAAGGUAAUGGUGAGCAUGUGGCGCCAGCUGACGCCACGCUGUCAUGCCCUCUUGGAUGCCAUCGACAAGGAUGCCAAGCUAAUGCGAGAGUUCAACAACGCCCAACUGGAGGCCACCAACUCCCUGAAUGCCAUACAAAAGGCCCUGGAACAAUUGCCAAGCGUGGAGGAUCAGCAGACCUCAAAGGCGCAGCCCAAAGCUGUGCUCCAACGACUGGAGAGCCUGGAGAAGAAGCUGCAGGACGCCCAGCAGCAUGUCCAGCAGGCGGAUAACCUGGCCCAGGAGGCCAAGACCAGGACCAAGCAGCAGCCCCAGCUGAAGCAGUUGCUGGAACUUGUGUCCGCCUAUACCACCCUUUGGCAGACUGUCCAGACCCGCAUUGUGACCCUCAAGACCACUUGGCUGACCCGAGCGGCACAGGCAGCCGCCUCGCUGCCGGUCAAUGAAGCAGCCAAUGCCGCCGUCCAGGUUAACACCCUGUCCCAGCGGAAACUGCGCCAGGCCCAGCAGAUGCAGAGGGAAACCUCCAUCACGGCCAAGGAUGCCUACAUCAUGGAACUGCAGACGGCCAUCGCGGAGUGCCAGAGCAAUCUGGACGAACUGCAGCGCACGGUGGUGGACAAGACCCGCAAGCCGGGUCCACAGAAGAUCGCCAAGCUGCUGGGCAACGCCCAGUCCUCCACCGAGCUGGUGAGGCAUCUCAGCCAUCUACUCCUCACCGAGUGCAAGGCGGAUGACCAGGCUGCCGAGGUGGACACCGUGGCAGAGCUCACGUUGCGCUUCGAUACACUGCAAUCGCAGUGGAAGGCGCGACAGCAGCACGAUCAAAAUGCAAGGUGCCACCUACCUGCAUCCUACAAGUACAACUGCAUCCACGAGGUCGGCCGGCUAACGUGUCCGCUCUGCACACAGCGAAACUGGCAGCAGAUCGACAACGAUCUGUGGCGCCUGGAGCAGUGGCUGCAGUUCGCCGAGAGCACCCAGAAGGCCCAGUCGGCACCGCCCUCGAACAUCGAGCUGCUGGAGGACGUCACGCAGGACCACCGCGAGUUCCUGCUGGAUCUGGAGAGCCACAAGUCCAUCAUAUCUUCGUUGAAUGUGGUUGGCGACCACUUGGCUACGCACACUUUGGAUACCGAGAAGGCGCGGCAACUGCGAUCUCGACUGGAGGCGGACAACGAGCGCUGGAACAAUGUGUGCAUCAAUGCCACCAAAUGGCAGGGUCUUCUCCAGACCGCCCUGAUGGGCAACAGCGAGUUCCAUCAGACCAUCGAUGAGCUGGUGGACUGGCUGCAGCGCACGGAGCAGAACAUCAAGGCCUCCGAGCCCGUCGAUCUCACCGAGGAGCGCUCCGUGCUGGAGGGCAAGUUCAAGAAGUUCAAGGAUCUGCGAGCCGAACUGGAGAGGUGCGAGCCUCGAGUGGUCAGCCUGCAGGAUGCCGCCGAUCAGUUGCUCCGCUCCGUCGAGGGCUCCGAGGAGCAAUCCCAACACACCUACGAGAGAACCCUUUCCAGAUUGACCGAUCUCCGGCUGCGUCUCCAAUCCCUGCGUCGUCUAUCCGGCAUCUAUAUCGUCAAACUGGGUGCCGUCCUCGGUUACGAGGGCGACAAUCUCGGCGUGCCACUGCACAUGUUGUCCAGUGAGGCCGCCGCACCCAACACAGAAAAUGCAAACAACACCGAUGGCGGCGAUGCUGUCGAUGGCGAUGUCAUCAAUACCACGGUUCUGGCACGCGGUGCACGGUUCCUAGGCCGCGUUGCACGUGCCUCGCUGCCCAUUCAGGCGCUCAUGCUGCUGCUGCUCGGUGUGGCCACUCUGGUGCCCCACGGUGAGGACUACACCUGUAUGUUCUCCAACACCUUCGCGCGCAGCCUGGAGCCCAUGUUGUCGUAUCCCCACGGACCGCCACCAACGUAAAGCGGUCGCGUUGCAAUCGGAUUCGUGCAAUGAAACGAUCUAAAGAAAGUCAAGAAACCCCAAACCCAAGAUACAUAAGUCCAAUGCAAUGAACGCCAGAGCGCAGUUUUGAAAAUGCCUUUUGUAAGCUAAAUUUCAAGUAAGAAAAAUUUGAACAAAAAAAUGUUGAAUAACGAAAAGGAAGAGUUGUACAUUUAUGUAGUUUAUCACAUUUUGUAAUUGUAUGUAAUUUUAUAAUCAUUGGAUAGCUAGAGGCAUUAAUAAAUCAACCAAUUUGUAUAUAACCUACUGAACAGAACAGACUCGACAAGCCGAACAUGAAACACGUGAAUGAAUUGAACAAGAAAAUGAAUGAACUAACUAUUCAAACUAACGACAAGUAACGAAAACCUUUUGUAAAACGAUAUAUACAUUAUACAUAUAUAUUUGCACAGCAAACAAUUUAUAUAUUCAUAUAUACCCACGUAUAUGAUCCCAAGAAAAACUAUAGAGAACCCAAACAUUUUGUAUAUAAAAAUAUCUAAGCUAAAAACGAAAUCAAAAUACGCACACGAACAUUUUACUCAUCACCGCACGUUUUUCCAUUAUAGAGAGCUCCUGGGCAGCACGAAAAUUGCGAUCAGUAUCCUGUGAAUUUCGUGGAACAUUUUUGCAGGAUAUGAUCUCAAGUUUCCGCUGCCUGCGAUGGCCUAGAAAAGCAAUCGAAUCCCAAGACAAAUCAUGACCCACAUAGACCAAUAGCCGGCAUAUCUGCUUGGUAACCAAUGUCCCCAGUUUGCAGCGCGUCCUUCUCCCAAACUCAGGGCGAUGCUGUCAACCGGGGGCAUAGGCCACCACUUGGACUCCGGCUCCUCAAGCCCCCCUGUCAAAGGAUCAUUCUGCCCAAGGCCAAGAUCUCUCCCACGGCCAAGGGAUAGAUGAGAUAGCAACCAGUGCGCCAGCCACAGGACACUGUGUUCGAAUCCAAUCCUUGAACUCCAUCCGCACAUUGGGGGCUAGACAUUUCAAAGCAUUCCUGACAACUCAUUUCCAAAUUACCAAUAGACUUUUACCAUCGAAGCCGACUCUCGAAAAAAUAUAUGGAAAACGUGCGUGCCACGAGCAUUGAACAAAACGAAGCAAGUGUCCUAUGCCGGUGCUAAACCAACCUACAAAUUUUCUGUAUAAAGAAAAAAUGUAAAAUGCGUAUACAAAAAUAGAAAGAAACUCCUGAAAGAGAUUAAUUCUUUGAAAAAAAAAAACAAAAAAAAUCGUAAAAUGCAAUUUGCAUAUUGACAAGCGACGUAAGUCCAUCCAGUAAAAAUACCUAUUAUGUUGUUAAUAUUUUUUGAUAAACCUAAUUAUAUUUGCCUUAUACUUAUCCAACUUGUUUAUUACAACUAUUUUUUAUUAUUUAACGCUUGAGCAAUUAUUGAAAAAAUACAUACAUUUAUUUAGUAGGCCUAUGAACGAUUUACUAUGUAUAAAAUUAAGUUUGAUUUAAAUGUUAAAUUUGUGUAUUUUGCUGCUUCUAUCUGGUUAUGAAAUAAUUAGCCGUUGUCAAGUUAAUAUUAUUUAUGUAGCAUUUUAAGAUUUCCUUUCUUGUGAACAACUGUACCUUUAUAUGCAUUAUGAUUAUUAAAAAAAAACAAACAAAUAA